AGCCAGAGCCUUGCAGCAGGGAAGAAAAGGCUGGUGAACACACACGCAGAGAAAGAGACAUAGACACAGGGGUCAAACGCUAAGCCCGUCCCUUUGGCUGUCUACACAGCCAGCCGUGGGUGGGGAAGGAGGAGGAGGAGGAAGGCGAAGACGCGAGCAGACAGAAGCCUUGGCGUCGCCGCUCGCCUGCAGAACUGGGAAGGGAGCGACUGCAGCGCAGCCACCUCGCCCGCGCUCCCAAUGGCUCCGGCUGCCGAGUGAAGCGAGCGACGAGCUCGGUCCCUGGCGGCUGAACACGCCUGGCGAGGCUGAAGGACGGAGCCGAGGGCGCAGUGAACGCCUCCAGCCAUGGCGGGGACGGAAGGCGUCACGGCAGGUAAUGGGGCUUGCGGGGAGGGUGGGCAGGCGGGGGCAGCGCGCCUCGCGUGGAGGGGGCUUGCCUUCGGGAAAAGCGCACCUCUCCAAAAUGCGCGUCGUAGGCGAUGCGGGAGGGGGGGGAGCCCCAGCUGGGAAGGCGCUGCGGGUCUGGGCUCGUGGGGUACGAGGGAGCGGGGCCGGAGGCAGGAGGGGGGCUGAGGGCCGCGAUCGACCCCCGGCUACAUCGUGGGAGCCGGAUGCCGGCGUCGCGGUUUCUCUCCGCCCCAUCAAGGAAACUAUCAAUAGCGCUGGAUCUUGGGUGGUUCUUGCAGGAGACCGUCUAGAUUCAGAAAUGAAGCCGAGUCUCUGGGUAAUGGAUGCGCAGUCCCUCCCAGAGGCAGGUAUUGCUUGGACGCCGCUGUGUCAGCAGCCUGAGCUGCAUAUCUGGAGGGUAUGUGCAGAAAACGCAAUGCACCCACAUGCAUGCAUGCAUGAGUUUAUGCACACGUGGGAUGUGGCAACGUUUUGUGUACGAGUCAUAUGGCGGCAGGAAGGGGCAUACUACAGGGGUCGACGUGUAAAUGUUGCUUUAGGAUUUGCUUUUGCGCAAAAGGCAUCCUUAAGGCAGGACUUCCCUUCAUUCGUGAACACACCUUGCACAGUAAUCAACACCUACCUAUGAAUUUGCAACGCGGCGCACGUAGGGCAGAGGAUGGUCGCAAGCAGCCUUUUAUAUUUGCGCGGCUGCUGCGCGUACGUCUGGAGACGCCUCGGUGUGCAAGUCCAGUUAACAGCCCAUGACUUGACUCCACUAUCCUGAGCCUCCGGGACCGUCUAGCCAGUAGGAAGUGGGCGGGGGCAAGAUCCUUGAGGAGGUGAUCUUGGGCGGGGGGGGGAUGCCUGAGGCUAAUAAUGAUUUUUUUGGAGAGGUGCUUUUUCUCCCUACUCCCACGCUUAGUUCCCCCACCCAGCCCCACUUCUCUUCCUUGCAAGUUGCGCUCCCAGAAGAGAGCAGGAGUUACUAUACUUGCAAAGUGCCUCCGCCCCGUUUCUGCAAAAGCCGGCCUGCCGUCACGUGGGGCUUCGGGGGGAACCGACUGCGCCAGAUGGGGAGGCGAAGCGGCCGACUAUAGGAUCCAGGUGAAAAAACAAUGCGGAGGAAUCCGAGGCGGGCACGUCCCUCGCCUCCGCGGCGUUUCUCUCUCUCUCUCUCUCCGGCCAGGCUGCAGGGAGGGGGUGCGCCCCAUCUCUCCGCAUGUGCUCUGCGGCUGGGCGGGGCACUGAGCCAGAGAUCGCCCAGGCUGGCAGUGCAGCGAAAAUUUCCCAGAAGCUGCGAUGGUCAGCUCCCUUCCUUGCUCCUCUGCCUCUUGCGGAUCUUUUCCAGGAAAAAAAAAAAGCGGGAGGGGCUUCUAAUUCUCAGGAUUCAGGAAGGAUAUGUAAGGGAGCAGACAGAAGCGACUGAGAUCAUGGCGAACAGGGAUUGGAAGCGGAUGGGUGGGAAACCUCAUUCUUCCAGCGGUUCCUUUUCAGGCUUUUUUUCCUCUUUGGGAAUCGGACACUAGAGUCGCACCACCCAAAUCGCCGACAGCCUCGCUUAGCUGCAGUGGCCGGUUCUUUCUCCCUCACUGCCGGGCCCUGCUUUCCCCCUAUUCCUUACUUAUAAGAGGGCAUGCCAUUCAGCACAGUGACACUGCACUUUGCACAGCCUCUGUGAGGUUACAAAGAGCUGGUCCGCAAGGGGACUCUUAGGAUGGCUUCAUUGGGUGCUCUGCCUUGCACUUCCACAGUAUGGGUGGCCGGAAGCUGUGACCCACCUGAUGUUGUAGAUAGCUCAGUGGGUAGAGCGUGAGACUCUUAAUCUCAGGGUCAUGUUGGGUAAUAGUUUCCUGCAUUGCAGGGGGUUGAACUAGAUGACCACUGGGGUCCCUUCCAACUGUACAAUUCCAAGAUUGCAGCUCCCUUCAGCCCCAGCCUGCAUGGCCAACGGCCUGUAUCCCGAGGGCCACAGGUUUUCCCGAUGUAAACCUAAACCAAGUAGAAAGUAGAGCAUACACCCCCACUUAGUAUUAUUUCAGCUCCAUUUUUUUCAACACUGGUCCAAACAGCAAUUCGGCUAGUAUAAUUUCUGGGUGAAAAUGUCACUGCCCCCACUUUGCAACUUGCAUAUGGUUGGUGGUGUGCAUUCCUUUCUAAGGGGUUAUCCGUAUUGCGCCCUCUUUCCCUUGCUCUACCUGCCAACCUGGCCCCUCAUGUCCCUGCCCCAUCACUGAAGGAGGCUCUGUUAAUGGUCCCCCAUGGCUCAAAUGCGCAGCUUGUAACUGCUUGGAAGCAGGGCAUUCAGUGUAGUGGUCCCCAGUUUGUGGAGCUCCCUUCAAACUGAGAUUAGACAGACCUCUUCGUUGUCAAAUUUCAGGUGCAUGACUAAGACUUUCUUGUUCCAGCAGGCAUUUUACAAUAAAGGUUUAUUGUUUUAAUUGUCCCAUUUCCCAUGGGCUGUACACCACUGAGAAGUGCAAAUAAUUAAGUAGUAUAUGCAUGUAUAUUAUUUAAUAGAUCAAGGAGAAGAGACUAAAAUGGGGGUGGGCAUAAUGGGCAAUUGGACAAGCCAAGGCCUGGCCCUGUUUUCUCAAGAUUCUGUGGUGUAGGUGUGGCUGGUGAAGAAUUGUGGGCUGCUUGAGGAUUUCUCAGAAGAAACCAGUGCUUCUUGAUUUCUGAUGUAUCUGAUGGGCUGGCUGGACUGAUAAAACACAAGCAGGUAAUAGUGACGCUUUAACCUGUGUAAUUUGCUUCGUGGUUGUGAGUUUCAUAGAAAAUGGGAAAUCCUUUGUCUUUGAGUCCUUAAAUUUGUACCUGUUUACAUUGUGGUGACAGUGUAAAGAGAGACUUAAAUCUCAAAGCCGCUUCAUCUGUAUGCAGCCUGCAAGGAAGUGGUGCAUAAUCAAGUUAUUUAAAUGCAGGGCACUUGAAGCAGGGAGGAAAGGACAUCAUUUACGGAAAGUGGAAUUGUGAAAAGUGGGGGGAUGGGACAAUCUUUAAGAUAGUUGGUUUUUAUUUGCUGAUAGUGAAGAGUGCUGGAAGCUAAUAAUAUCUAUUUACUUCCCGCAAAUUUAAAAGAGUGUUGCUCUUUUAAAUCUGUUUCCCAAAUAUCAAUUUGGAAAUUGCUCUUUUUUGGCUGAACAUGUUCAAAGCAUUAGAGAGAAAUGGCACUGGAGAAAUGAGAAAAGUGGAAAAGCUGGUUUACUCAGCUGUCAUAUGAUGGAUGUCACAUAUUUCCCCCCACAUGAUUGUUGAAUCUGGUAUAAACUGAUGCUAAAAGAAAGCCAAGUAGGAAGGCUUCUAUGGUAUUCAAGAACUUGAUUCAGUAGAGUACCCAUUUGUCAUAUAUGCAAUGCUGACGUCUGGUUUAUUCACUGAUAUACAUAGUGAACAACAGUGUUGUUGUUUAAAAAAAAUGUAAAUAAUGAUGUUGCAUUCUGAAACUGUUACAUGGCAGAACUAAUGGUGAUGAAAUUUGAUUGUAGUAAAAACUUUGCUACGAAGACAAAACUGCCUAAAUCAAACUCAAGCAGUAAAAGAUUGCAGCAGGCAUCUGCUAUUAAUUAUUUUUAUGGUUCCAGGUCCUACAGCACUGCGGUCUUUUGAGCAUAAGCCUCAGACAGACAGCAGAGUUGAUCCCCUGAAGCUUUAGAUACCACCAACCCAAAGAAGUGCAAUGCAUUUGGUUUGAAUGGUGUCUGUUUAGCAGAUCUUUUAGUUGAAACAUAGCGCUUACAAAUAUAGAGGUCCAGACUGUAAAAAAGACAAAGACAAAGAAACCUAGGGAAAACGUGUUUGGUCUGCCCUCUCCAGAAACACUGGAAAGUGUUGUGCGAUGCUUAUUGGGUGGUCUUCUGUGGGAGUGAGAUUCAAGGACAUCAGCUGCAGUGGAUCUCUGAAGUCGCAGCACAGAAAAGGAGUUUGCCUUGUACAAGUGAAAAAAAGCAAUUAGUAGCUUGCAGAAACUUUGAAUUGUUUUUUUGUAAAGGCAGAGUUGGGGAACUUGUUGCCCAGCAGCUGUUGUUAGAUUCAAGUGCCCAUCUUCCCUGAUCGUUGUGUCUACUGGCAGGGGCUGAUGGGAGUUGGAGCCUAACAACAUUUGGAGGGCCACAGUUUCCCCUUUCCUGCUUCCAAGCACAGGAGCCCUGCUGGGUGAUGGGAGAAGAUGCUCUCCUGCUGGAACAAAGUGGCAGAACUUCCUGUGAGAAGUAGCACCUCUGUUCCAAUAUACUGUCAGUUCCAUUGAUAUUAACUGUGGUGUCAAAGACUGAGGGGCAGGAUCUCAUCCACAGAUAAAGCUCCCUUCCCAUUAUUUCCCCAGAGUCUAAAUAGAAGCUUGAAUUACUGCUUGUGGGCCACUCUGGGGGCACCCCUUUCCACUGGGAACUAGGAUAGAAGGCUCUGGUGAGAUUUGUUGUUAGCCGCCCUGAGCCUGGCUUUGGCUGGGGAGGGCGGGAUAUAAAUAAAAUUUAUUAUUAUUAUUAUUAUCCUAUCAGAACUCACAGUAGGCCAGCAGGACUAAGAGCAACCUUCGGCCCUCCUAAUGUUGCUGAACUACAACUCCCAUCAGCCCCAGCAAGUAUGGCCAAUGGGCAGGGGUAAUAGGAGCUGGAGUUCAGCAACAGAUUAAGGGGUGGAAGUGGCAUGAUGAAUUGGUAUUAUGAAACAGUAGUGGGUGGGUGGGUUGGUAGGAUGCUGCUGUCACCUGACACCUGGUGGCAUUGCUGUUGCUUACUGCCUGGGAGAGGGGAAAGGUUGGUGUCCAAACGCACCUGUGGAUCCAAUCUGGAGCUCCUGCCAGUGAAUUUGCACUGUGUUCACCUUGGCCCCCCCCAUGGUAAACAGCAGCUGUGACGGACCAGAUGACGGUGAUGGCCCAGUACAAUGUCCACCACUGGAAGCAAGUGAGGCACCGCUGGAAGAGAUGCUGUUCUAGCAUUUGCCCUGGAUAUGUCAACAAAACAUCCCUGAGCUAGAAAGUAGCAUAGAGUUCCUCUAUCCUAAGGUUGCAACAGAAGUAUUCCAGUAUUCAAGCACAGAUCUUGUAUUUGCGCAUCAAGUCUCAUAAUGCAUAUCUGUAUGUUCCAAAUAUGAAAUUGACACUGUAGGAAGUGAAUCAUUGUUUAUUACAUUUAAUUAAAUGCGUUUACAAAGAAAGGUUUUAAAGGAACCGAAACCUUUUCAUUUAAGACCCAGUAGAACUACAGUGCUUUAUUAACAAAGCUUUAUUUCUUAUUUGGUCUGUGUACAUCUAAUCAAUCCUAUUCAAAUCUCCAGGAGUUAAGUGCUACAUAAUUUGGUGGGGCUUACUUUCAAGAGCAGGGACGCGGGUGGCACUGUGGGUAAAACCUCAGUGCCUAGGACUUGCCGAUCGCAUGCUCGGCGGUUCGAAUCCCCGCGGCGGGGUGAGCUCCCGUCUUUCGGUCCCAGCUCCUGCCCACCUAGCAGUUCGAAAGCACCCUUAAGUGCAAGUAGAUAAAUAGGUACCGCUGUAUAGCGGGAAGGUAAAUGGCGUUUCCGUGUGCUGCGCUAGUGCUGGCUCGCCAGAGCAGCUUCGUCACGCUGGCCACGUGACCCGGAAGUGUCUCCGGACAGCGCUGGCCCCCGGCCUAUAGAGUGAGAUGGGCGCACAACCCUAGAGUCGGACACGACUGGCCCGUACGGGCAGGGGUACCUUUACCUUUACCUUACUUUCAAGAGCAUGCUAGAUAAUUAUCCAUAACUGGUAAUAACAAUUGAUAAUAACUGGUGCAAUGGGCAGAAAGGAAAUAUGGGGCCACCACUGCUUAGGAGCAUCUAAAGGGAGAAAUGCCCAUGUUCUUGCUGUGAGAGUGUUGCAAGGGAGGCAGAGGCAGCUGUGGCAGCAUAGGUUGAUGGCAUCAAUGCACCCUGUGCCUGCGAUGGGUGCUUCUAGUGCAAGGGUGAGGAACUGGAUCUGACUGGUGGGUUGGAUCCAGACCCCUCCCAAGCCCAGCAGACCACUUUGACAGGUGGUUGAGGUCGCCCACUUCUCAAUUACUGAAGGGGAAAGACUCCCCGGACUAGGAACCUGAUCCACCCACAGUACCUCCAUCUUUUCAGGACAUUAUAUGGCACUUGUAAAAGUGCAGGUCCUGCAGAUUGAAGCGGUCAGGUUCUGAACUGGGGUAAUCCAAUUAAGAGAGUAGAGAUGCCCAUUCUUUAUGCAAGGAAUCUCCCGAAUCACUAUGAAGACAGUCCAAAAAAGGCUGAUUCAAGUUGCAUUGGUAUGGAAAGCACAUUUCACCCCAGGGGCAUCAAAAUCUAGGGCGGCGGUUACAGCAAUUACCAUUAGGAAGCAUUGUAACACUUUUGCAGGCUGAUCCUUUGCAUGCUUACUCAGAAGGAACUCUCAAUGUGUUCCGUGGGGCUUAUUCCCAGGGAAGUAUGCAUAGAAUUGCAUCUUUAAAGCCGCCAUCUCUUCUCUGAAGUUGUAAUCCUGUAUUGUAUACACUUACUGGGAGAAAGCCUGAUUGAACUCAGUGGGUCAUACAGUGGUGCCUCGCAAGACGAAAAGAAUCCGUUCUGGGAGUCUCUUCGUCUAGCGGUUUUUUCGUCUUGCGAAGCAAGCCCAUUGAUGGGAUUAGCGGAUUAGCGCUAUUAGCGGCUUUUAGCGGCUUUUAGCGGCUUUUAGCGGCUUUUAGCAGCUUAUCAGUUUAUCUGAUAAGCAGAUAAGCGGCUUAGCGACUUAGAAAAAGAGGGAAAAGGAAAAAAACACCCAGGAACUCGAAAGACAUUUUCGUCUUGCGAAGCAAGCCCAUAGCAGAUUCGUUUUGCGAGGCACCUCCAAAACGGAAAACUCUUUCGUCUAGCGAGUUUUCCGUCUUGCGAGGCAUUCGUCUUGCGGGGCACCACUGUAUUUCUCAGUAGACAUAUGUAUACAGUGGUACCUCAGGUUACAAACACCUCAGGUUACAAACACCUCAGGUUACAAACAGUUCGGAUUACAGACUCCACUAACCCAGAAAUAGUACCUCGGGUUAAGAACUUUACCUCAGGAUGAGAACAGAAAUUGUGGCGGCGGCAGCAGGAGGCCCCAUUAGCUAAAGUGGUACCUCAGGUUAAGAACGGUUUCAGGUUAAGAACGGACCUCCAGAACGAAUUAAGUUCAUAACCAGAGGUACCACUGUAUAGGAUUGUGCUGUAAAGUGUCUUUAUUGACCUCUGUUUUCAAGUGUGACUAUUUUUCCGAAGCUUUCAUCAAAUUGGAGUUUGUGGUUUUGAGCUAUUUCUCUGGGUAAGAUCUGUUCAUGCGGUUUUCCUGACAAAGAUGGUCUGCUCAUAACAUUUACUAUUCCCAAUAGUAUGUAGAAGCAUUUCCUCCUCUCAUUUUGGAAUGACACAAGCCAAUGGUUCUGCCAUUGUUCAUGAUGCAGCAGUUCUGAUGAUACAGGUAGUGCUAUAAAAAUUAGGAGGAAAGAGGGAUUAAAGACUGAGAACAAACCCAAUGCAAGUUGCUUUAGCAGCAAUUUGUGACUAUUAAAUCCCUAAAAUGAAAGAGCACUGUCGGUGCCAGCAGCUGCAGAGGAUCUCCAGCUUCUGAGCUUGCAUCUGUAAGAAAGUAGGAUGGAUCAUUCAUGUCCUGGAGGGCAACAUCGGUCUUCACUUCUUGCAGGAUGAUGGAAUAGCCACAAAGAGUGGGUAGUUCUUAUAGCAGGGAUGGGGUGCCAGUGGUCUUUCAGAUGUUUCUGGAUUAUAGCUCCCAUCAUCCCAGAGCAGUGGCCCAUGGUGGCUGGGGCUAAUGUGAGUUGGAGUUCAACAACACCAACCUUCCCUGUUCUUGUCUUAGAAGAUGGUGGAAUAUCUGAGGAGGCUUUCAGCCAUGGGCUGAAGCGGUCCUUUCUGCUUUGUGUUCACAUUACUGUGCGCCAUCAUCUUUGCACAGAAGGAGCAGGAGAUUUAACCAUGUGAACCUAUACAGGGUGAUUCUAACCCCCACAUUUAUUCAGUGGGACUUGCUUUUUUCCAACUGUACAUUGGAUCUCCAACCUGGAUGACAACAAUCCUGAGAUUGCUUCUAGGAAGCAAGUUUCAAAGCUCUGCAAAUGAAGAAUGCCAUAAAAAUAAGAUGAAGAAAUACGGUUUUGUUAAGAUCAGCCUGACUGCAUUGAUGCACUGGAAGAAACUAAAUGCUUUUUGACCACAUAUGAAAACUCCCAAAUAAAUAAUGACCUUUAGAUUUCACUGUGCAGGCUACUGAGGACUUGAUGAGGCAAAAGCAGGGAAAGGGGAAAUGCUGUCCUGGCUGCUUGUUUCUUGGAUGCAAAAGCCUCUUACGGCAGUGCAAGCUUUAAGCAGUACCCCCCACUGUUUUGAUUACAGGAUGUGUGCUCCACUGUGGUGUCCAUGGAAACCCCAGAGAAGAAAGGUGCAAUAUUAGCUAAAUUAAGCUACGCUGGAAUACAAAUCAACCUCUUCCUUCUUGAGAGGUGUUAAAAAUAAAGUAGUAACAGGCACAUGGCAAACAUCAUGUUUUUCACACAGGUUUCAAUAUUUGUGAAAUUGUCAUAGUCGGAGCAUCAAUGCAUCAUAGUCCAUGAACUGAGUCAUGUUCAAUCGCGUGUGGCUUUGCAAUGUGUGAUAUGUGCCAAAAGAAAUACAGAAUUGCCACGUUGUUGCCUAUCUGGGCAGUUUUUUUCUUUUAGAAAUAGCAGCUGUGUCACUUCUCACAAUCCAUGUCAUGCAGGGAGAGGGGACUGAUGCUUUCCUCUCAAGCCAUUCCCCCCUGCCCCAUUCCCUCCCAGAAUUACUGUUUCCCUGGAGAUGCCAUUGCAGGAAAGAACAUCUUUUCAGGGCUAUUAGCAGCAUGGUCAGCAGGUAAAUGGACGCUCCCUAUGCACUGCUAUUUCAGCCUGAUUCUGAUCCCUGCUGCCCCAGCUUGUAUUUCUGAAAGUAAAAGAAACCUGGGAUCUAUAACCAUGUGGCAAACAUAUCCAUCUAAUCCAGUUAUACGUUCCAUGUUUAGAUCCAAAUAUUAGGAGAGAAGUCUUGUUAGAAACCAAUGCAGUUCUUUUCAAAGAGGUAAUAAUGCCUUAGACCCAUCUUUCUACAUGUCAAAGCAGAGUUAAUUCCCUUCAUCAUGUCCAGAUCAAGUUUUCUGCCUUUAGGGUUCUUUGGUACCGUGUUAAGCAUGGAUGUGUCAGUUUCCCCGUUACCUGUCAAGAUGGGAUUCCAAGCUUCAAAAUGGUUCCUCAGAUUUCUUCCUUGCAAGUUGGGAUCCCCGAGUCAUAUCCAAUAUACUUCAUUUAAAGUUAGGACUUUUUUCAAGGUGAAACAAUGUUGAUUUUUGCCAUUUGUUUGUCAGGGUUUGGGGAGAGAAAAAAUUAAACAGCCAUCUUGGUUGCAUGACAUCACCACUCUCCAACCAGUGCAGUUCUUAAAUUACCUACAAAAAUAUUAUUAUACAGUGGUACCUCGGGUUAAGAACUUAAUUCGUUCUGGAGGUCUGUUCUUAACCUGAAACUGUUCUUAACCUGAAGCACCACUUUAGUUAAUGGGGCCUCCUGCUGCUGCCGCACCACCAGAGCACGAUUUCUGUUCUGUUCUGAAGCAAAGUUCUUAACCUGAGGUACUAUUUCUGGCAGAUCUGUAACCUGAAGCGUAAGUAACCCGAGGUACCACUGUAUCCUGAAGAUGGUUCUUCACAGUUAUAAAAGAUCAGUCAGAUAACCUGUGAUCCAACUCCAGUUUCUCUACUUAACUCCCUCUGAGCUGGAAAAGAGGGAUGAGGCAUGCAAGACAUUCCAAAAUAGACAAGUGUCAGGUCAAGGUAAAGUCCAAGUCCAGGACUCUAACCACUACACCACACUGGUGCAGCAUGCAACAUUUGCACUAAGAAGUUUCCAGAAAGAGCUUCCAUCUCUGCUGCCAUUUGCAUUUCACUCUCUGAAUCAUUGGCCAUAUGCUUAGCUGCCUUUGAAGACCAGUCAAAAUGAAUUAGUUUCAGUUCAUUUGUUAUUAGAAGAAUGUAAUUUAAUUGUCAAAUUUAAAUAAUUAUGUCAUUAAUAACAGAGACAAGUAACAUAGCACUGAUGUCUUUAUUUCUGUGACUGUUUUUGUCACAUUUAACAAAGUUCGUGUCAUGAACUAACAUGCGUCUUUUUCACUUGUUUAUCUGCUCUGAAGAACAUUCAGCUGACUAAAAGGCUCCUCAUAUUUUUUUUCAGAUAUCGCUUCAACAGCUGCCUAUGCAUCUCCAGCUAGAAGUCUGGGAGACCCAGGGAUAACACCUCUGUCCCCAUCCCACAUUGCGGUGAGAAAUGUAGCCUAUAUAUUACUGGUAUUAUUUUCUCCCCAUCCAUGGCUAAGAGUUUAUUUUAUUUCUUUUUAAAAAAAAAAUAUCUAUAAACCACACUUUCAUAUAAAAAAAUCACAAGGUGGGUUACAGACUAAAAUGAUAGCAUUAUAGUAACUGGGUUACCUUGGGCCAGUUAGUCUCUCAGUCUAGCCUCCCUUGCAAGGUUGUUGUAAGGUGAAAAAUUGGGAGGGAAAGAAUAGUGUAAAUGUACGAAAUGUAUAAAUAAACAAAGGUUGAGUUUGCUGCAGGCAGAGGAGAACUUUUGGGAUAGAUCCUUUUUGCUACUGUCCUGAAGCUGAGGAUGAAAAUAGUUUGUGUCAGCAGCACUGACCUUCAGUCUAUCAAGGCCUGGAAUAGCAGACCAAUGUGGUAAUGUUCUAGACUGAGUGAUAGCGUUGCAUGACAAGGCCAAGAAUGUUCUGAGCUUGCAAAAUUUCACAAAGUCAGGCUUAAUCUUCCACAGAGAGCCCUAUUUUGACAUUUCGUGUGGCUUAGUUAACGAUCAUUUACAGUUUUUAUUGUGAUGGUGAGUGAGAAUUAUGCUUCAUGCUUUGUAUAUAACUUCACAAUUAUUUCAAUGCCCUUUUUUCUCUAUGAAAGUUCAUUUCUCAAAUGAAAUUUCAUUCAAGCUAGAGACUCCAUAAGAACAGAUGUUUCUUCAGCAGCAGCCAACCCCAGACUGAGCUUUUAGUAGAAGUCUUGCCUGGGAGGAGCCCUUUUUAUUUAAAUGGACCCAGCCUGCUUUAGUAGUUGGUGGCUCUGGCAGAACAGGGGCACCUGAGGUGGAGACAGAGAAAGGCAGCACAGUCUCUGUAGGCCAGAGAAGUAAGGGCACAUCUGGGACUGAUCCUGAAGGCAAUUCCUAUUCCCAUUCAGAAUCCAGAUCACAUCCCCUAAAGACUGAUCCCAAGGUCCUUCUCUCUGAGUAAUGUCUACAGGCUCUUAGGAGGAGGUAAAGAAGAUACAGUGGUGCCUCGCAAGACGAAAAGAAUCCGUUCCGCGAGUCUCUUCGUCUUGCGGGUUUUUUCGUCUUGCGAAGCAAGCCCAUUAGCAGUUUAGCGGAUUAGUGCUACAGGGCUUAGCAGGCUUAGUGGAUCAGCUGAUAAGCGGCUAACGAUAAGCUGAUAAGUGGCUUAGGAUCAGCUGAUAAGCGGCUUAACGAUAAGCUGAUAAGCGGCUUAACGAUCAGCUGAUAAGCGGCUUAGCAUCAGCUGUUAGCGGCUUAGCCAUCAGCUGAUAAGCGGUUUAGCGGCUUGGGAAAAAGGGAAAAAGGGAAAAAAACCUGCAGGAACUCGCAAGACAUUUUCGUCUUGCGAAGCAAGCACAUAGGAAAUUCGUUUUGCGAAGCACCUCCAAAACGGAAAACCCUUUCGUCUAGCGGGUUUUCCGUCUUGCGAGGCAUUCGUCUUGCGGGGCACCACUGUAAACAUUUCCCCCACUCAUGGCAGGUUCUGAUUUGAAGUGAGUUACCUUAUACGUUAAAAGUACAUUGAUUUAAUAACUACACGCCAUUGUGAAGCUGGAGCUUGCUGUUGUGUUUUUCUCACUCUUUCCUGAAAUCAGUGACUGACCCAUUUAGCUUGCAGAACGUACAAAGAAUUUUGAGUGCAGCCAUCAUUCUUCUGAGGCAGCAUCACAGUCACAAAAAUUAAGUAUUGGCUUAGUGAUGUGCUAAAUUCCCAUUCCAGCUAGCAUCUGGGGCCUGAUGGUAUUUGGGGAUUGCCAAUUUCUGUCACUCCAGAGGAGAUUAUUAGUGUCGUGUUUGGCAUUUAAAUAGAGCUUGCAGCCCUUCCUUGAAAUCACAUAACAGCAAAUAUAUUUCUGUUCUUUUGACAGAAGGACUCUGAUGCAAAUGACGCAGAGGAGCAGUCCUAUCCUGUUGUUGUGGCUAUAGAUUUUGGCACGACAUCCAGCGGCUACGCCUACAGCUUCACCAAGGAACCAGAAUGCAUUCAUGUAAUGAGGUAAAUGUCACCAGUGCAGCCUUAUGUGCAUAGUGAGUGCAGGGCCUGUGAGUAUACACCAAGGGUGAGGAGCUCUUUUCUGUGCAGGGACCUCUUUCCAGUGUGGGGCAGGGCCAGAAGGAACGGUGUGCAGGGCAAGAGAGGCUACUCUUACCUUUUAUGCAGGAGGCAGCAUUCUAGCCAAAAGCAGAGGAUUCUACACUGACACACACCUCUCCAUCCUCCAUUCAGAUAAGCAAGAGGAGUUACCAUAGUUUAAGGACACAUUCUAGCCAGAAAACCACAUUUGCCCAGGGCAUAGGUGUGUGGUUUAGAAGGGUCCAUGGCCUGUGGACCAGAUAGAGAAUCCUGUAGGGCAGCAUUUGACCCUAGGGUCUGAGGUGCCUCGCCUGAGCAGCAUUUUCGCCACUUCAAAACAUUAGCUUAAGAAAACCCUGUGGGAAGGUCAUCAAAUGGUUGGCAGUGGAACUGCUGGGAGGUUGGGGUGGUGAAUGUAAUAUCCAGGCUAACUCAAGGAUUGUGAUGUGAGUGCCAGGCAAAGAAAGAAUUCCAUUACUGGGCCUUGGAAAUAUGAAAUGUAUUUCACUGAAGAAAGAGUUCAGAAUAGCUGGGUAGUUUGGGGCAAUGGGCAUUUUAUUGUCUUGCACUACCAUAGUGCCUUGCCUUCCAAAUGCUGUACUGCAAACUGAUAGUUGCAGGCUCAGGAAGUUAGUAAAAUGCAAUCUGUCCGAUCCAGUCAGCAGAUCCAGCGGCUUCUUCUCUUUCAGCUUUGUAACAAGAACAUUUGGGGGAGACAAUCUCAUGAGCGUGUUAAACCUUCACAUCUUUAUCAAAUGUGAAGCUUCACAUUUAAACUGUAACAUACAAGCUGCGUGAUGACUGGUAGUGUAGAGGGUAUUUUAAAGACAAUAUUGACAUUAUUAGAAUCAUUAGCAAUAUAAUAUUUAUGUACAGGAAAUGACAUUUCUAUCUGCAGUGCUCUUGAGAAAUCUCAAAGUUAUAGCCCUGCUCUUUUCAGUUUAAAAAUGGGCUGCUUUUCCUCCUGGUGUAUAUCAAUCCUUUUUCUGAUAUUUCCUUUCCAGAUCUUUUUUUAAAAAAUUAAAAAAUGCUUCCUUGUCUUUAGUUGUUAAUACAGCAACAGCAUAAAUCAAUGAAGUGAGUCACGCAGACAGAUAAUCGAGUGUGAAGCUUACUGUGCACUGACAGUAGGCAAAUGAGAAAUCGCGAAGCCAACCAAAAUCAUGGAAUCAUAAAGCUGGAGGGAAAUUCAAGGGUCAGUAAUCCAUUCCACUGCACUAGCCCGAUUUGUUAGACCUAAAUAAUUCCUGACAGAUGCACAUUCACUCUCCCGUUCCAAAAAAAAAAAGAAGGGGGGGGGAUACACCUUCAGGGAAGAUUUUAUGACUUUCCCAGACAACUUGUUUCAUUCUGCCAUAGCAUCCAUUGGCAAUGCAAGGGCGAAGAUUGGACAGCAGUGUCGCGCUCUGUUUCCACCAGGGUCAAAAAGUUUUCUCCUGUCCUCUGGAUUCACCAGCUGCUGCUGGUCCUGCAGGGAGGGGUGGGGGUGGGGUAGGAGUGUUCUGCAUUGUCGUACCAGAUGUGCUGCCGUUCAUGCAACCAGCAAUUGUGGGAAUGACUUUUUAAAAGUAAAUUGCAGGCAUGGGACCUUGAGUCCAAAUUAAGGCCCUGGCAUGGGGAAUUUUAACACUUUGCCCUCCACCCCCGACUGCAACCACAUUCUGGAUUGGCGGGUCCACACCUGAUAUUUUGUGUGAGGGAAAGCCUCCCUUUAAGAAAGCUAUGCACACAGUCCUCUCAUCCAGUUGAGCCUGACCUUGCAAAGAACCAGAAGAGAAAGCGGAAUCCUUCUUCUGUUGCUUAACAUUUCUUUAUUACUAGCAGAAUAGUCUGCAGAGAACAGAAGAAGUCCCUAUCCAGAGUUCUCCUAGUCUACAUUAAGGAUGAGGCGGUGAUGCUCAGGGUUGGUAAAUGUGCAGUGGGGAAGAGAAUCAGGAAAGUACAGAGGUCCAGAGAUGGUGAGGGAUAGCUGUAGCUCAGUAGCAGAGCACAUGGUUUGCAUGGAAAAGAUUGCAGGUUCAAUACCUGGUCUCUCUAGGUAGGGCUGGAAAUGACUCCUGACUGAAACUGCAGAGAGUCACUGCCCAUCAGCGUAGACCAGGGGGUUGUCAACCUGGUCCUUACUGCCCACUAGUGGGCUUUUCAGGAUUCUAGUGGGCGGUGGGGGGUUCUACAGCACAAGCUGAAUCCUCCUUCCAUCGAGCAUUGGUGGGUGGUAAGGAAAUUUUACCAUCAAGAAAGAUGCAUUAGUGGGCGGUAGGUGUAAAAAGGUUGACUACUCUUGGUGUAGAUCAGGCAUAGGCAAACUUGGCCCUCCAGAUGUUUUGGGACUACAACUCCCAUUAUCCCUAGCUGACAGGACCGGUGGUCAGGGAUGAUGGGAGUUGUAGUCCCAAAACAUCUGGAGGGCUGAGUUUGCCUAUGCCUGGUGUAGACAGCCCUGAGCUAGAUGGACCAAGUGGUCUGUCUUGGCAUAAGGUCCCAGAAAGGUUUUACUGAAAAGGUGGGUACAGUGGUACCUCGUGUUACAAACACCUCAGGUUACAAACACUUUGGGUUACAGACUCCGCUAACCUGGAAGUAGUACCUCUGGUUAAGAACUUUGCCCCAGGAUGAGAACAGAAAUCGUGAGCUGGCGACGCGGUGGCAGCAGGAGGCCCCAUUCGCUAAAGUGGUACCUCAGGUUAAGAAUGGUUUCAGGUUACGAAUGGACCUUCGGAACGAAUUAAGUUCAUAACCACAGGUACCACUGUAUGUGACAAGCUAGCUUGAUAAAGAGAGGAACAACUCUACCGUCGGAAGCACCGUGGCCUAAAACAUGCCCUUUAGGUUCUCCUUCCUUGCUAUAAUUAAGUCCAAAAGUUCUGCUAACUAACGUAAACAGGCAUUGCUAUGCUAUUAAUUUUCAUCAGUGGAAUCCUUUCUGGAAGAAUUUUCUUCGCUUUUAACCUUUGCACGUCAUCAUAUAAUGAGAUCUAUACGGAUGGCUCACUGCAGCUUUUGGUGAGCUCACAGAUAUGUAUUCACCGGGGAUCACAGACAUUUAAAGCCCUAUUUCCCAGUAGGGUUAUCUUCGUCUACAUAAAUAUCACUAUGAGUUAGAGGCUAGGUCUACCAGAACAUGGCUUGGAAGGAAAUAUUCCUGUAAUAACAAAACAGCAGCAUUAGAUACAUUUUUUAAAAAAUGAAACAUGGCCCUAAAGGCACAAGACUCCUUCAGUUGAUAAUCCUAGCCUAGGGCUUCCGUUCCAUGCCAACAAUAAUAUUCUGUAAGAAAUGGGCAUAUUAAGAAUAUUUACGCACAAUUUGUUCUUCUUUUCCUUAUCAUACUGUGGUGUAAAGGACUGAAGUCUAAACCGUGGUCUACCCCCCAAAUCCUCCUCAGCCCCUUCCCUCUCCUCUUUAAGAUGUCAUGGUAAAGGUAAAGGUACCCCUGCCCGUACGGGCCAGUCUUGGCAGACUCUAGGGUUGUGCGCUCAUCUCACUUAAGAAGCCGGGAGCCAGCGCUGUCCGAAGAUACUUCCGGGUCACGUGGCCAGCGUGACAAGCUGCAUCUGCCGAGCCAGCGCAGCACACGGAACGCCGUUUACCUUUCCGCUAGUAAGCGGUCCCUAUUUAUCUACUUGCACCCAAAGGUGCUUUCGAACUGCUAGGUUGGCAGGCGCUGGGACCGAGCGACGGGAGCGCACCCUGCUGCGGGGAUUCGAACCGCCGACCUUUCGAUCGGCAAGACCUAGGCGCUGAGGCUUUAACCCACAGCGCCACCCGCGUCCCUUAAGAUGUCAUGAGGCAUUGCAUAUUUUCACCCUCAUCUAUGUAUCCUGCUAUAUUGUAUAAAGGGGAGAGGGAGAGAUUAUCUGGCAGCUGAAUUGUAUGUCUGUGUACUGGUUUGUAUAGUGUCCAGUGCAAUCACUGAAUGCACACAGCCUUGCUGUAGCAUCAGAUUUUGGGCAUCCAGUGUGUACUACAAAUUAAAGGAAUUGUGUUUUCCAAAGACUAAAUCUUUGCAAAUAUUAGCCAUGAUACCAGUGAGAUUACUGAUGCUGAUGGAACUAAAGUUCAAAGAUGUUCAUCCCAGAAAGGGGUCUAAUGCAGAUUCUAUUUAGGAAGGAAUAGAUGGCUGUCACAGUUAUUCAACUCGUAAGUGCACUUUCUAUUAACAUAACACUCCAUGAAUGAGUCAAAAUUACAGUCAUUAAGGACUCUCAAUCAAAACAGUAUAUUUCUUCUUGCAUUGAAUGUGCAGCUGGUGCGUAGGAUUUAACAAGCAGCAGUUUUGGUUCUGUCUCUGAACAAUCCAGUUUAGAAUAGAUGCCCUCUUACCUGGGUUCUUCCCUUCUCUCUCUCCCCCCCCCCCCCCCCGAAUAUCAGAAGCUCGUUCAAAUCUAAUUAAAGUUUGAAAUCGGCCAUCUUAAGGUAAUGUCAUUUACCUUUUGAGCAAUAGGAUUUUUGUACAUUCUGGUGACUACAAACUAACUCACUCAAUAUACUUGUAUCCCUAAAAAAGGAAUUAAACAUGGAAUUGUCUCUAACAUGGAAUCAGCAGUUUAUAGAAAUGUCUAUAACAAUAAUUUUAUAGUAUCAAAAAGAAGAAGAAUGUAAGAGUUUUGAAAAUCAGGAACUUUUGAAAAUCAGAUGGUACAAAAUGAAUUCCUCAUGUGAGUGGGAUCUACAACAGUUAAAUUUUAUGUAUUUAUAUUAUUUUUGUUAGCUGCCUUCACUAUUUUUCAGAAAGAUGAAAUACAGAUUGAAUAAAUGUCUAAAUCACUGCAAGGCAGGUUUUUACAUACAUAUAGCAAACAAGGGAGAAGUGAAUAAGUUUUAGUAAAAAACACCACAGAAAUAAAUAAAUAAUAAUGAAAUAAAUAAAAAUAGAGAUGACUUGGGCCACAUUCUGUACUCAUAGCAUUCGAUUUGUAUAAGCAGAUUGCCCAGACGCUGUAGCUUAUGACUCCCAGUUAGAGCCAUUUUGAGAUGCUCCAAAAUAUAGCCAGUGGACCUGGUCUGAGAUCUGUAGCCCCAAAUAACAGGAAGAGAAAUCAGGAGCUUGCCUUCAUAGAGAUAGUUCUCAAGAAUUGGAUGUAAUCAUUCAGCAAAGCUGAUCUUUGCAAGCAUGGAGACUUCAUUCCUUUGCAAGACUGAAUGCACAUUUGUAAAAGGGGAAUUCAGAGGCUGGGGACGGAUGAUACUGUAUAUACCCGGGGAACUUCUUGUACUUUUUGUGGUGCUGAGAGUGAUGAAGCUCUGGUGUGUUAGAGUGCUUUUCCUAUUAAUGAUUUCACUAACUAAACCAAAUUUAAAGGCUGUGAUAUCUAGCUCUCUGGUGCUAGUGCAUUAAUGAUGAGUGAAAAGUGACAGUGAAAGCAGCUGGAAGACAAUCUGUGCUGGAUGUUGCAGAAGUGGCUCUGUGCACACUGCCAGGAUUUUCUUCAGGCCCCUUAACAUCUACCCAUCUAAAUCUCAUUCACUUUCUCUCUGAAGCUCAUUAACAGUGUCACUACUUGGCGUAUUCAUAUGCUUCCAGCCAGAUUCAUGAGUGCUGAGGAAAAGUCAGGCUUCUGCAGCCUGCUUCAUCCCUUACAUGCUUCUCCAGCAAACCUGAAUAGAAAAGCCCUGUCAAUCAUGCCAAAGGUCUUCUGGUCCAGCAUCCCUUUUCUCCCACUGUGUCUAGAAAAACCAGAUGACGCUCCAUUAAAAAGGGAGAUGGAAAGCUCAAAAAUAAAGACUUCAGUGUCCCAGAACAUUGUAAAAUGCAUUUCUUCUUCCAUGGCACCUCAAAUAAUAAUAAUUGUACACAAAUACAAAUUAUAUAAUACAAUACUAUUAAAACAAAGAAUCACUAGUUAUACUAUCUGUUGUAUAAUUGUUUUAAUAGUAAUAUAUUGCAUCAAAUACUCAAUUGAUGAUGAUUCUCCAAAUUAGAAAUAAGCAACAAUUUAACAGUUAUAACGUUGAUUUGUACUGAGUACAACAUUCAUUGUUCUUAUUUGUCGUGCCCUUGAAGAUUAAUAUUUUGAAAUAUGUUGGGCCAGUAACAUAUAGAUUUUUGUGUACCCUUGAGAUUUCCUCCCCCACCCCCAUUUUCUCUUCUCCAGGCUUGUUUGCAUGGAAUGCUAACCAUGGUUUAUGAACCACGGUUUGGUUAACCAUACUAAACCAUGGUUUAAUUGAUCAUCUGAGCAGUUUAACCAUGGUUAAACCACACAUGUCCAUGAAGGUUUGUUAGUUUAUAAAUCUUGGCUAUCAUUAAAUAUUGCAUGCAAACCUGAAUCAUAUCCUUAGCCAUGGUUACGGAGCUGUCACCACCCUAAAGCUAUGCUUUGAGUGAUCAUCUGCAACAUGCUUUUCAUAAUUUUUCUGAAUUCCCCCUUUUUACCUGUACAUACCUGAUUUUAUAAAGCUGUUUUACUAAUUUGAUGAGCCUGUUUUAUUGUUUUUUGUGAUUUUUGUAUACAACUUAGGGAUGUAUCACUUAGGGAUUUUUAUAAAAACUAUUAAGUGAUUUAGAAAUGCUUUUAAAUAAAUGUAUACACUCCAAACAGCUGUUGUACUCUCUGGGCUGCAUGUUAAAAUAUCAUAAAAUUUCAUUGAUUUUAAGUCUUUUGUAUUUUAGGCGAUGGGAAGGAGGAGAUCCUGGUGUGUCGAAUCAGAAAACACCAACCACUAUCCUUUUAACUCCAGAAAGAAAAUUCCACAGUUUUGGUUACGCAGCCAGGGAUUUCUAUCAUGACCUAGAUCCUAAUGAAUCAAAGCACUGGUUGUAUUUUGAGAAAUUUAAGAUGAAGCUUCACACAACUGGUGUAAGUAGCAAAUGAAUUCUAUACUUUUCCCUAGGGAUAGGGGAGAUGUUUGAGUCAGCUCACAUUUAAAGGCAAACCUACGUAAUUUGCACCUUCUAAAACAAUAUAGCUGUUCUUCAAAGCUUUCAUAAACAUGGCUUAUUGGGAGAAUGUCACAAUAAAAUGCCAAGGAAUUUUCAGGAGGACUGCUUUGUGGGGUCGGAAUGCAAACUGGUAUGGAAGUGUGGAGAAGUGAACUUAAGAGUAGGAAAUUGAGAGAAACUGAAGCUGACAGAUUUGCUCAUUUCUGCUUCUGCAUAAAUAUUUCUUUUUCCUGGUGCUAGGCAGAUGUUAUCAUAAUGCACGCAACAUUCUAGCUAAGCUUUGUUUAAUAUGUGAAACUGGUAACUUAAUACUUUUCUGCAGUAUUUUUCUUUUCCCUCUAUCUGAAAGGUUAUUUAGCCUUUUAAAAUUAAUACCAUUCAUGUCACCACCAGUUAAAUUCUGUUUCGCUUCACAAGCCAUCAACACAUCAUGUCAUGCCUGGAGGUGGAAUUUCCUUUAAUACAGGCAGGUUGCAGGAAUUCUCACUGAUAUAUGUAGGGCUGGUUCAGACUUUCUGUGGCAGAUGUGUCUCCCAGUGAACAUCAUCAAGUAUGAAGGAGACAUAAUGUCUUGGCAGAAAAACAGGGGCAGGUAGGGGCCAUGGAUGGCAGUCAGCUAGGUUUUACUCAGAGUAGACCAUUGAAAUUAAUGGACCUAACUUCAUCAUGUUCAUUAAUUUCAGUGGGUCUACUGUUACUAAAGUUUAGUUGAAUUCCACUCCAUAUCCUCGUCUACUACCACAUUUAGGCACAUCUUAUAUCUUACAGCAUUCACUAUGUCAAACACUGGCAUAUGCAGAGCUAGUGUAUCUGCUGUAUGAAUAAUAAUUUUGCAUUUAGUGGGCAUUUAUAUAGGACAUUUCAAUCAUGUUUAUCUUGUGAGAAUGUUAAGGAUAAUAGGGAAGGAUAUAUUGAAUAAGUAUUAUCCUUCCCUCACUCACGCUAGUGAGUGAUGUAGCAGAGCAAAUUCCCCUCAAUAUAGCUGGAAGCUAUUUUGCAGAUUUGUUUGAAUCUCUUAGUUAUUUCCUGGUGUCCCCUUUAAUCCCUCUUAAAAGAAUAAAGACACAAGAGUCUUUUUUAGUAAAGUAACAAAAAGUUUACUCACAUUUCAGCUCACGAUAUGAUCCCUGAAAGGAAGGCUUUACUUAGUGGUUACACAACAAAGUGUGAGUUCAUUUCCUAUGGAGACUGAACUCAUGUGCUGCUGGCUGAGAGCCUGCAGACAGCAAAUUUAAAUUAAUAUAACAAAAUGGCUGCAGGAGAACAGCAUGGCAGCAAAAGAUAAGCAAGCAAGACAAGACAUAAGAAGACUGAGAAAAAUGGUUGCGUGACUUGGCUCUUUUGCCCAUCUCCCUGGUCACAUCCAGGGGGAGGAAGCCCCAGACCAGUGGAACAGGAAGUUACACUGACUGGAUGUCCCCCUGCCUGUGCCAACUCUAGGAAAAGAAGGAAUGUUGCAUUUGACUGCACUAAUGGAUUAUAUCCCACAGAUCCCAGUAAUCACUGUGUGGCUGCAUGUAUAGGGAUCAUCCUAGAGUUAUUAAAAAAUACAGAUGUAAUUUCACCCAUAAGCAGAGUGAGAGUUAAGUUCACAAGUAGAAACUGACCAUUCAGACACAUAACAUCUUUUAGCUUGGUUCACUGAGUUCCAGACACCAAUUCCCUAAUCUUUGGGGAGAAAGUGCCAACUGUUUAGAGCAGAGUAAUGCAGAGAUGGCUGGAAAAAUGGUAAAAGUAGACAAGGGGGGAGGGGUGUUACAGGCAGACUUCACAGUAAGCUUUGAACAAAUGAGUCUUGGCUUUCAAACCAAAGGAAGAAACAUUGGGAGAUUUCGGCAACUUCCUUUCCUGACAGUCAUAUUAUUAGCUCUGAAGUUCUAAUGUAUAACAGAGCCUCUUUGACAUGUUAAUUCUACCCUCAUCCAAAAGAACUCACACUGUGCUUUAAACAGAUCCAGGCAGAGGAAAACAUUUUGAUAAGGAAAGUAGCCAGAGUUGAGCCCUAUGGCUUUUCUGACACUUCUCUUUCCAAUACACUUUCCUGUGUUUUAUAACUAAGGAAAGCCAAAAGAUCAAUAGGUUCUGGUUUCAUAAUAUUGUGCAUUCUGAUCCUAAGCCUUUGGCAUAGUUGUUGGUUCUUGUGCUCACAUUUUCGCCAGUUGCAUGUCAUCUCACACACUGACAAGAGCACCUCACCCUACAUGUGCCCACUUGACCUCUUCGAUCUGUGGAAUUGGCACCACCACAGGUGCCUCAUAAUACCUGUUCUGCUUUUGUAAGAACUUGAUCAUUUGGUGUGGCAGUGCCUUAACUUUGGAACACUCUGCCUAUUGAGAUCAAGCAGGUGCCUUCCCUGAGCUCAUUUGGGUGCCUGCUAAAAACAUCCCUGUUUACACAUGCCUACCUAGAUGCUUAGAAAGUUGAAGUAAUUCUACGCUGUUUUAGUACAUUUGUAUGUUUUAAAGUAGGGUUGUAUUUCCCCCCCUUAAUUUUACUGGUUUAUCUUUUGUAAAGUGCUUUGAGGGUUUUUUUUGGGGGGGGUUACAAUCAACCAGUGUAUACAUUUUAGGAAUUAAAAUAAUAUUUAAUAGCUGCUGGGCACACAGAAAGCAGCAUAGGGGGUUAAAUCUGCCCUACUUUGAAACCAAAACCAACAAGCAAAAAGCUUGAUCCUUUAUGAAAAUGAAAAAUGUCACAGCUAGACACCACCAACCUUCGGAUGUUUUUUGAUGAGAACUCCCAUGAUCCCUGGCCAUUGACCAUUGGGGCUGAAUAGGGUUGUAGUUGAAAACAUCUGGAGGGCACCAGGUUGGGAAAGGCUGAAUGGUGAACUUCACUGUCAAAAGGAAAAGGUGCAGUGCUUGGAGUCACAUUUUUACCUAAGUGAUGGAGCUUAGCAAUAGCAAAUUCCAUUCUCUCCACCUCAGAGGAAUGGAUUUUGACACUUACCACUUCCUUUUAAACAUGUUCUAAACAUUUCCUUCCCCCCUAGAAUCUCAAUCUGGAAACAGACCUGACAGCUGCAAAUGGCAAGAAAGUCAAGGCACUUGAACUAUUUUCUUACGCUCUGCAGUACUUCAAGGAACAAGCAUUAAAGGUAAAGGAACACUUCCUGUCCCCAGCUCUUUGUAUUUAUAACUGCGACAAAUGCUGGCCCAACAAAUUUAACCUUGCCAUACUUCAGCCUGCAGCAGUUCUUGAUGUAAACAAAGUGGAGCAGCUGCAGGAGAUGCAGAAACGGUGAUGGUGAUGAGGUGUCCUAGAUACUUAGAUACAACCUUCUUCCUCACCAGCAAGACAUUUCUGCAGAACUCCAUAAUUCAUAUGCUGUUGGUUGUACUCUAGCUCUGUAGGAAUUAAUGAAAGUCGUUUCCGAUAUAAUUUUAAAGUAACCAGAAUAUUUUGGCUACCCCUCCAAGGUCCUCCUACCUGCUGCACUCUGGCUUUAUCCUAGGAGCUCCUUCUAAUAGUCACGGUUACUCAGUGUUCAGAGCCAGUAUACCACUGCGUACCAGCUGCCAGAGGAAAACUGUUGGUCUUGCUUGCAAGCUUUCUAGACGUAUUUGACUGACUACUGCUGGAAAAACUUGAGUCCAGGACAGAGAUGAGCUCAGUGCUCAAAACCGGGGCGGGGGGGGCAACAACCUCCCAAAUUAAAUCCCAACUUUUGUUGCUAUGCUGUGGUAUACUUUGUGCUAUAUUGUUCCUCUCUUCCUGCCCCCCAGACUUUCCAGUCUUUGCAGAAAUGAGCAGACAAACAAAUUCAGGCAGCCUCACAAUGCAAUACAUUUGUUCUUCCAAACAUACAUAUAAUUAAGCUAUGGAACUCCCUGCCACAAGAAGUGACAAUGGGGUUGAUAAAGAUAAUAAUAAUAAUAAUAAUAAUAAUAAUAAUAAUAAUAAUAAUUUAUUAUUUAUACCCCGCCCAUCUGGCUGGGCUUCCCCAUCCACUCUGGGCGGCUUCCAAGUAAUAUAAAAUACUGUAAUAACCUCAAACAUUAAAAGCCUCCCUAAACAGGGCUGCCUUCAGAUGUCUUCUAAAAUUCUGGUAGUUGUUGUUCUCUUUGACAUCUGGUGGGAGGGCGUUCCACAUGGAGGGCGCCACUACCGAGAAGGCCCUCUGCCUGGUUCCCUGUAACUUGGCUUCUCGCAGUGAGGGAACCGCAAGAAGGCCCUCGGUGCUGGACCUCAGUGUCCAGGUAGAACGAUGGGGGUGGAGACGCUCCUUCAGAUAUACUGGACCGAGGCCGUUUAGGGCUUUAAAGGCCAGCACCAACACUUUGAAUUGUGCUCGGAAACGUACUGGGAGCCAAUGUAGGUCUUUCAAGACUGGUGUUAUAUGGUCUCGGCGGCCACUCCCAGUCACCAGUCUAGCUGCCGCAUUCUGGAUUAGUUGUAGUUUCCGGGUCACCUUCAAAGGUAGCCCCACGUAGAGCGCAUUGCAGUAGUCCAAGCAGGAGAUAACCAGAGCAUGCACCACUCUGGCGAGACAGUCUGCAGGCAGAUAGGGUCUCAGCCUACAUACCAGGUGGAGCUGGUAAACAACUGCCCUGGACACAGAUUUGACCUGUGCCUCCAUGGACAGCUGUGAGUCCAAAAUGACUCCCAGGCUGCGCACCUGGUCCUUCAGGGGCACAGUUACCCCAUUCAGGACCAGGGAAUCCUCCACACCUGCCCGCCUCCUGUCCCCCAAAAACAAUACUUCUGUCUUGUCAGGAUUCAACCUCAAUCUGUUAGCCGCCAUCCAUCCUCCAACCGCCUCCAGACACUCACACAGGACCUUCACCGCCUUCACUGGUUCUGAUUUAAAAGAGGGGUAGAGCUGGGUACCAUCCGCAUACUGAUGAACACCCAGCCCAAACCCCCUGAUGAUCUCUCCCAGUGGCUGCCUUAAUAGCCUUAAUAGUUCUGAAUUUAAAUACCUCUGUGUUUUCGAUUAUUCUGGGGAUAAAACAGGGUAAGGCCAUCACCUUCGUGUCCUGUUUGUGAGCUUGCUGAAGGUGUAUGAAUGCCCCAAAUUUCCCUUGUUCCUUCCUAGAUUCUCUUCAAUUAGCUGUUUCCUCUGCUGCCCCACCCACCACCCAUUUUCCUCGUUCACCAGGCAGGUCUGGCCUCACCAUUGGGCAGCACAGGCUGGCUACCUCAGGCGGCGGAUGGUUCAGGGAGAGGGUGCAGCGAGAUGUUGUCAGACGGAGCUGUCUGUGCCCUGUGGCAUCUGCCUCCCAAGUUAAGCCUGCUGUCCUCAGCUGGAGGAUGCUGUCCCCUCCACAGUGCUGAAGUUAGGUUCUGCCGCCAGCUUGGCUGUCUUCUAUUUGUGUUAGGAGGGCAUCAUCUUGUCUUUCACACUAGGCAGCACAGUGUCUUUGGCUGGCCCAUGUCUGCCCAGCAUAUGAUUACUUAGCCCACAAAACCCAAACACCAUUUUCCCCAUUAGUUAGAGAAUCAGGUGCCAGGAGAAGUGCUUCCCUUCAGCCUUUUCCUGCAUAGGUAGUGAAAUACCUGCUAGAUCUGUUCUCUCUUUCUCCAGAUGGGAGAGCUAAGGUGUGCAGUUUUAAAUGGGCCAGCCAUGGUUCCAAUUCUUUGUCACAGAGCAGGCGCUCAUGUGGUGUUCAAGGCUAGUCUGCAGCAGAGCCAGCUCUACAUUAUAGAAUCGUAGAGUUGGAAGGGAUCCUUCCUGAUGGUCAUCUAGUCCAACCCCCUGCAAUGCAGCAAUCCUUUGCCCAUUUUGGGGCUCCAAUCCACAACCCUGAUAUUAAGAGUCUCAUGUUUGCCAAGCUUAAAUAAGCAGAUUGCUAGAAAAUUAACCUACUCUGCUUUUGUGUGUGCUUUGAGUAGGCUUAAUUUAUUCUGUUACAUCUUUCCCCCACCCACAACUACAGCAAGAAAGAUAGGAAAAAAUAUGCUACCCGAUGUCAGGAAUACCAAACUCGGGAUAUGAUUUGCUUGUACAACAUCCCUGGUACUUUCUUUUCAAAUAAAAUAAUUUUCUUGUUUACACCAAAACAGCCAGCGCACCAUACAAUUACAAAUACAUAUACAAAUAGUGACAAGUAUCCCGAAUAGCACAUAACCCAAAUGAAAGUCAUGAUGCAAGGAUUUCUACAAAGGAUUGCCAUAGCAACGUAUCACAUUCAUUUUGACAGCAUUAUGAUUCAUUGGAAUGGUUGCCAGCAUAAAGUGAGCCCACCCAUGUUAGUUAUUGGCUUGUGUUUCAGCAGAAACUGUGUUUUAUAACAAGAUAGCUCUAUUGGCAAGUACUAUCAGGAUGAGUGAGAAACACAAGGGAGCUUGUAUAAAACCAAGAACAAAAUAAUAUGUAACUGAGGAGGUUCACCACUGCAACAGUUCCACAAAUGCAGGGUCUUCCUAAGCAUCACUGAUACAUGCAGGGUCUCUAUAAACACCAUAGACAUACCAAACUUCAAUAUGUAUGAGAACACAUUUUAUUAUAUAGCCGCAGACAAAUAACCAAAACCGAAAACAAAUAACCAAAACCAUACAAUUUCUAACAUACAUAGAAUUGAAAUGUAUGGCACUUGCUUAAAUGAAGGGCAGAAACAAACCAAGAUACAGUAAAAUUGAUGAAAUCUCUUGACAGGUCUUGGCAGCAGAUUGAAGAAUCCGUUAACUGUUUCUGUUAUUAUUGGGACCAUGGGGAGAGGGGAGGACUUUUCUCCCUGUACCCUUUCCUCACUUAAAAACACCAUUUGGUGCCGCCUUUUGCUCCAGAAACAUUUUUUAAGCAUGCUGGACCUAAGGCCAUUUUUAGUAGAUUGGUUUGAAAUGUGGCACAUUCAUAGACCUCAUCAAGUAGAUCAUGGGUACCAAGUACUAAGUUACAAAAGCUAAGCAGAUGCCAUUUUUAAUAAACUAUAGAGGCUUAUAGUGGCAGAGCCUUUUUCGCGUGCAUGUCUAAACUAAGGGAACACUCCCAUGCCUCUUCAACACAGCAAAUAUUUCUCAGCCUGAUUAAUGCUUAGGAGCAUCAAUUUAGAGGAACCUCCCGCUUUCACUACAAAGGCAUAAGGUACACUCUUGUAUUUGCCUGAUUUUGUUUGUGUAAGAUGAAGAACUUGCCCUUCAUCAUGGUAUGUUUUCCUAUGGACCUCCUUGAAGGUGUAACUGAAACCCAGGUUUCGACAUUCUAUGCAUUUUUGGCAUGUCAGCCAGUUAUUUAAACAGCCUGACAUAGACAUAGCAACAGAAACCAUGAAAAGUGCCAAAUUAUUUUCACAGGAGCCACUGGGAAACAACAUCACUUCUAGAAACAGCUGGUGUCAAUUUUGCCUCUCACCACAAGUUUGCUUUCUUUUAUUCCAGGAGCUGAGCGAUCAGGACUCUGGGUUUGAAAACUCAGAAGUGCGCUGGGUCAUCACAGUGCCAGCUAUCUGGAAGCAGCCGGCAAAGCAGUUUAUGAGGCAAGCUGCGUACAAGGUAAGUAUUGAAGGUGACCAUCAGCCAAAAUGGCAGGCAGAGGGAAGCUUUUAUAGCCUCUGAACUGUGCAUCCUCAGUCAGUUCCCUUGUUAAAUGUUUCUUUCAAAAGUCAUGAAAAGUAGGUUUAUUGUUAGGGAGUUGUUUCAUUUGGAAUCGAAAAUGCAGAAGGAAACAAGAUGUUUCUAAACAGCUCCCUACUCUGAUGGGCACAAACUUGCUUAAGUUGCAGACUUUUGGGAAUUAAAAUCAUGUUUUCAAGCCACACCCACAGACUUGGAAGCAGAAAACUUUAAAAGCAGUUGUUCUCUAGAAUAAAACCAGACAGGAACAUUUACAGCAGUCUGGACCCAGAAAAAAAAGGCCAUCUGAAUUUCAUGACCAUCAAAGUGCUGCCUGUAUUCUACCUACCUCAUUGGAACAUGAACCAGUCACUGAAAUAUAUGAUUACAAGAGGUAGGGCUUAUGAAAAGCCAAUUGGGAGCUGGCUUAGAAAAAUGACAUCAUGCAUCAUUGGCAGGACAACCUCUGCCUUCAAGCAAGGCGGAUUAGCAUUUAAAUUGAGAUUUAAUGGUUCAUGCAGACAAAUGAUACACAAAACACUUCCGGGAAGGACCUGAUUAGGGUGAAAGGUGUGUGACAGGCAGGAGAACACAAAGGGAAUUAAACAACCAUGCAUUCUAGUUAGGACUGGUUAGUUUGCAUUCUUUUCUGACUCCCCAAAUUGGAGUGUUGUCCCUUUUAAAAUGAAAGUUAGUUAAAUCAGGCUGAUAAAAGCCUAGGUCAUUAUGAGUGUGAUGGAGAAGGAAGAAUACUUGGUCUUGUGUAGAUUCCAUUCAUGUUAGUAGAGGGGAGUGUUCGACUGGUAGGAGCAUUCAUUUAAACCCCAUAGAAAGUCUCAGAUUCUUCAUGAUGCUUUUGAUCAAGUAAUCAAAGAAGAAAUGACAUAGCUCAGUGGCAAAGUGUUUGCAAGCAUGAGGUCUCAGGUUUAAUCCAUGGCAUCUCCAGGUAGGUCUGGGAAUAUUCCCUGAUUGAAACCCCAACUUAUUGUCAAUGUAGGGAAUAGAAGGGGCAAUACUUGGGUGCAAAGCCUGUGUUCCUAAUCAGUGUCUAGUGAGCAGAAAAGGUCUAAAUUUCUACUCCACCCAGAAUUUCUAGCUGCCCAGAGUGGUUGGGGAAACCCAGCCAGAUGGGCGGGGUAUAAAUAAUAAACUAUUAUUACUCAGAAAUGCCAAAUUCUCAAACCAGAAAGAAUAAUUUUGUAGUCAAACCAAAUUAGUCAUGAUUGCCUACAUUGACUUUCCUCUUUAUUCCAGCGGGGAGGGAGGGUUGUGCAAAAUUUGGUGUUAUUGAUGGGGAUUCAGAUAAUAGACAUUAUUGGGGGGUGGGGGACAUUGAAGGUAACACAGUGGCUGAAAGAAAUUGUGGUGUCUGAGGGAGCUGUUUAAUUUGCAAAAUUCCUGCUCACUGACAGUUGGGAAUGCAACACCACAGGGAUUAUAUUUUGGUUUCUGAAACCAAAAUACAGAAGAGAAUAGGAAGCUGUAUCUGCAUGCACAAGCACCUGUUUCAUGGUCAUAUUUCAUAUGGUCUCAUUACCCACCUGAAUCUAUUUCAGGGCCUUAGCUCAGUAGUGUUCUGCUACUUUACAUGUCCAAUCCCUGGCAUCCCCAGAUAGGAAUGGAAGAGAUGCCUGUCUGAAACCUUGGACAUCUGCUGCCAGCCAGCACUGAAAAUAAACUGAGGUGGCUGGAAUAAUAUUUGACUCAGCAUAAGGCAGCUUCCUAUGCUGAUAAGAUGGCAGUAAAUGGCAAAAGGUGUGAUGUAGAAUUGAGGGGAAAGAAAGGUGGUGCUCACUUUGUAGCUUAAAGAAGCACAUGCCAACCCUCUCACCUUUUGAUCACUUCCUUCUUCAAUGUUUAGUAAAUCCAGAGAGAGGAAAUUGAUGAUCCUUUGUUGAGUCCAAUCCUGUUUCAGUUAAGUGAUUUUAUUCAGACAUAAAUGUGCCCCUGUCCUUUAUUUUAGACAUGUUUGUCUUUGCCAUAUCUGCCUACCAUUUUCCCACUUGGAUUUCGCGUAUUUGAUUGUGUGCAGCUAGGAAGAAUUACACAAUCCACUGGCAGUAGGGUGGUCAGGUGUAAAAGAGGGUAGGAUCCAUGCAUCCUUUGUGAAGGCAAAAUUCCCUCCUCAGCACAUGUAUUGAAGAGGAAAUUCCCUAUUACAUGGGGCAGAAUCCGUGUCCUCUUUUUGCACUUGGCCACCCUAAGGGGCAGUACAACUAUGCAAUGCAUGUUUUCUAAAUGUUUGUUUGGGUAUUUUGAGUAACCUCCUAAAAUGCUGUUUAGACCCCCACAAUCACUUUGAAUAUCUUGUACUUGUCUCUAAUGUUGAGCAACAUUUUUCUCAACAGUCUGUAGUGUGGGAUUGCUAAUGCUAGUGCCAGAAGCAAAUCACUUAAAGGUUCUCAUGGAAGGACACGGUUGUAGGUAAAGCUGAAACAUUAGAGACUCGUGUAUUAUCUUUGUCUGUUGUCGCUUGCCUGUUGUUUGUGUGCAUGUGUACCUGUGGAAUGGUAUCUCAUAGCCGCAGGGAGAAAAAUAGACUAAUGUUCUUGCAGCAUUUCCCAUCUGUGGCGCAAUGGAAUGUUGUUGACUAAUGUCCGCAUCUGUGGUAAUUUUUUUUUGUCUGUGACUGUGUGUUACCAAACAGAUCAAUAAAUAGUGAUGAAAGAGAGCUUAGGAAGAAAUCACAGGGAGGUGACUCCACAAAAGCCGUAUCAGUUCAUAUCUACAAUUGUGUUGUGUAUUGUUGUAAGCUACUUUCUGUAACUUUUGAGGAUGAAAAGUAGAAUAGAAAUGGAUGGGAAGGAGGAACGAAAAUAAGAAAUUCUGAUACUGGGCAGAUAGGACUAAAAGAAGGAAGGAGAUGCUGUGGACUAGCAGUCGGCAGUACAGUGAUUUAUGAUCCCAAAGGACAGAUAUAGGUCACACUGAGCACUCUGAAACGUAAACUACUCCAGACUAAUAGUAUUCUACAUUCAAAUAAGCACAUUUAAGAAAAACAAGUCAUCUUAUGUCUGAAAAAUAUAUUUGGCAGAAGGUGCAGCUGGAAGAGAAGGGAGUAUAUUUUGCAUGACGUCCAUAGCAAUGUAUUAGUUAUAGUGAGCCAUAAUGGCACUUGUCGGUUUGUGGAAGUUGUCCAUGCACAUACCCCACACUAAACAAAAAAAGCCAUCCUGUUUACUACUAAUAAAAUGGUGUUUUGCUACCCAGGAUGUGUUUGCCUCUAGGCAAAUAGUCUACAAUAUGACAAAGUCCUAUAGAAGUGGGCUACACAAGCAAUUACAUCCCCCAUGUCCUUAAAGAUAAUGGCAUCUUCCACAGAUACUUUCCAGAGCAGUAAUGCUGUGUAGCAUCAUGUUGUCUUUCAUACUUGUGACUGCUGGCAUACAAAGAUAUAUCUUAGUGCAUCUUUAAGAAAGGAUGGGCAAUAAGAAGAUUAUUCAUGUGAAAAGGCUAAUGAAAGGGAUCAUAAUGGACACACAUGCAAAUUACAUCUGCAUAUAUUUGCUUGAGAAAUUUUGGCAAGUUUACAUUUUUUCAUUAGGAGCUAGCCAGAAUAUUCUUGUAUCCUGUUGUGAUUGCUUGCUUCAUCUUUUUUCCCUGAAGAAGGGAUGCAAAAAUGUAGUUCACCAGAUAUUGUUGGCCUAUAACUCCCAGGAAGCAUGGCCAACGGUCAGAGGUGAUGGGAGUUUGAUGGGAUAUUGUUGGCCUAUAACUCCCAUCAUCCCUGACUGUUGGCCAUGCUUCCUGGGGCUGAUGGGAGCUGGAGUCUAGCAACAGCUGGAGGAGCACAGGUUCCCAUUUCCUACCCUACAUUCAAAACCCUUCAGGAAAAAUUGUAAUAAAAAACAUUCAGCACCCCUAAGAAUUGGUUGGCUUUUUGUUUAUUUUGAUCUCUUGCUCUGAAAGUUUUUUAAAAGGCUCCAGACUUCUUGUCAAAUAUCCACUAUAAAAUGAUGGAUGGUCUUUGAAUUCUCUGGUGUUGCCUCUUCCUUGAACUGAGCUUCAGGUGCUUAACCUUGAUUGUAGAAAAAGGGAAUGAAUGCUCUUGGUCAGAAGGGUUUUCCUUCAGCUUGACAAUUUUAUUUUUUUAUUUUUGGAAGGGAGACAUUCUUUCAGCUCCCAUUUCACUACAAAUACUUCAACCACAGCAUGUGCACUGCCUGGAAUUUCUGUCACAUGCCAGUAGAAAUCACAAUAUUGCGGAAGGGGCUGUAAUGUUUUUUUGAAGGGACGAAGUUCAACCCUGUUAAUCAAGAAACAGCUAGAGGAGUUAAGAAAUCUGAUGAAAAUUAUCCUGUCCAGUAAUUUCUGCAAGUCUCGUUUUGAGGAAAUGCUCUUGACAGGUAUUGAGGGCUUACAUAUUUAUCUGUUUUCCUGCCUUAACUGUAUUAUCUAGCUUUUACCAUUCAGUCUAUACAGUAUGGGGGGGGCAAUGAAGAAAGCUUGAAGAAUGCUGUUUACUACACACUUAAGUUAUAGUUAGUAGGAACCCCUCAGAACAAAACAAACACAGAUGAUCCGACCAAAAAGGUCUAUGUAUAGGUCAUUAGCAAGUUAAAGACCAAAUUGGAUUUCAGUUUUUGAAUUUACCCAGCAGUCUUGUUUGUGCAAGACUACAAUCCCUUCAGCCCAAUCCUGUAAUCCCAUUCUCCUCAGAUUACAAACCCAAUCCUGAAAAGUAGUGCACUGUCCCUUGUUUUCAACAUGUCCGGUGUACCUGACCAUAUAGUUUCGACUAAGCAGCAACAUUUUUCCUUUGCCUCAUGACAGUUUCCUCUCUUACAUCACAAAUAAGAAGUUUUAUAUGCAUGAGCAGAAUGGCAUCCUCAACUUGAGACGAAGGAAGGCAUGGCGUUAAAGAUAAACUUUUGGUUUGCGUUAUUGCUGAAAGCAGAUAGCUCAACACUCUGCCCAUUAGAAAGUAUCUCAUUUCUUUUUAAAUUUGUUUGUAAUUUGAAUGUUAUUUAAAAUUGGUUAUAUUUAGCAACAUACUAGCCACAUACAGCAUCAAACACCAGUGCUACCUGCACUAGAUCUUUAAAGCAGGACAAUGCCACUUUAAACAGUUGUGGCUUCCCCCACAUAAUCCCAGGGACUGUAGUUCCUUAAGGAUGUAGAGAGUUGUUAGGAGAUCCCUAUUCCCUUCAAAAGAGCUGCAGUUCCCAGAGUUCCCUGGCUAGAUUGUUAAACUGCUCUGGGAUUUGUAACUCUUUGAGGGGAAUAGGAGUCUCCUAACAACUCUCAGCACCCUGAACAAACUACAGACCCCGACUCCCAUUGGACCCAGCCAGCAGGGCCAGUGGUUAGGGAUGAUGGGAGCUGUGGUCGAACAACAUCUGGAGGGCCACAGGUUCUGCACCCCUGCCCUGGUACCACUGCUCCAGGAAUCCCCACCCCCAUUCAUGGCAAGAUAUGAUGGAAUUCUGAAGCUGGAACUAUGUUUGCAUUUCCUUUAGCUUGUAUACAUAAACAUUUUUGUGAUUGGUCUUUGCAGAUGCAGCUUUCCUUUUUGAAGGAACUGGAAUAUUUCAGUGCAGGAUUCCUAGGGUCUCCCCCCCCCCCCCGAAUAUCUGAUUUAGUGUUUUCUAUUAGUAGAAACUAAAGAAGUAUUUUGGAGGGUAGCUAAUGUAUUUGAUAUUUGCAACAGGCAUAUUAUAGUUGUUAUCAGUUCAUUGCUAAUUCCUGCAUCUGGUGUAGAAAGGCAAAAAGAUAUUAGGGAACAAAGGCAAGUGAUGAUUUAAAGCUGCAAUCCCUCACUGCUGCCUUCAUUUUCUGCCUGCAGAAUAUCAAAAGCAGUGCAAAUUAGACACAUUAGCAGUAUUAGGGGAAAUGGAGAAAUCCACUUAAUUGUCACUUGUUGGUAGAGACAGAUUGUUGUCAGAGAAUGGAUUGGUGUUAUUACUGCAAGUUCCUGUGGAUGUGAUUCUUCUGGUUGAUACUUACAAAUUAUCUUUUCUGCAUAAGCACUAAUGUUUGUUAUGAAGCUAUAAUAUGCUAUAAGAUUGCAGCAUUUUUGAAGCCAUAAUUAAUUAAGGAAGCUUAAUUGAUCAUGGUGUUAAAAUGCAUAGAGCAAGAAGCACGUGCUAACAAAUUUCAAUUUACAUUUGCUAAUUGCUGUGGUUAGGUUUGCACAAAUAUACGUUCCAGGCUAAUGGAAUACGCCCCCGGUCCUUCAUUUUUACAUGUAACGCAGCAAACUGCUAAUAGCUUAGGUACUCAAGCAGCGAAGGACCUGUAAAUGACCAGAAACAUUUUAGAGCAUUCGUGCAAAAAUAUGACCUCUGAAACUGAAAGGCUUAUACAGACUAAAUGAGCUAUCAAGUGUUAGCGCUAUCUAUAAAAGCUGUUUGACUGAGCCUCGGCGCUUCAUGGAAUAAAAUAAAAUGCAUCGCUGAUUACGCCCUUAGUACUAUGACUUCAUCCAUUGCACCAAUGCAUCUUGUCUGCGUUUCUGCAGCAGCUGUGGUUUGCGAGAAGUAAAAGCCACACUGCUGCAGUGGAACAGAGUAAUGGCUCUUUCCAGCUUUGGAGGGGGGUGACCUGACAGGAUCAGAAUCUACUGAUCUGGUCAUUAAGAGGUUUUCUUUAAAGGAUUUGUAUACCUAAGGUCAAAACAAAAUAGGACAAAGUGUUGUAAACAGUGAUUUCUACAUCAUCCUGGUACACAGGAAAAGCACAGGCUGCCUCAUUUUUGGUCUGGGAUGCUUGGCAUAUCAGCUUGUCACAUGCACAACAACCACCCCCAGAAGCAUCAUAAAUCCCAUAGGUGCAGUGGCAAAGCAAUCUCAAGGCUUCUGUAUUAGUGUAAUAAGUGGUUGGCGUCCCACAUUGGGCUAAUAACACAGUGAACAUGAUUUGUUGAUACUCCAGGUCAAUUUUCAUGCCCGUUUUUUCCAUGUACUGAUUUCCUCAAAGCCAUUUCCUGUGGAAGCUCCCAGCCUGCUCAGGUUUCACUACAUUCUUCAACAACUCCCAAAACCAAAGCUUUAAAGCAGUUUUCUUUUUUGAGGAGAGUCUUAUGUCCUAAGAUACACCACGGUUGGGGUUGGGGCAGGUAUAUGUUUUGAUCGUCACUAGCAACAUGGCAUGGGGAGGAAGAGUUGUACACCUUAAUGUAGUUUUUUUCCUAUAGGCUUUGUCCCUUCACUCUGGUUCAGAUAUAUUGGCUCCAGUCCUUUCCUACUGGGCCCCACCUGGAGCUCCUGGAAGUGGGUCCCCUUGCUGCAGUUUAGGGUUCCAGGUCUAAGCUCAGGACAAGCUGAAGACCACCAAUUUAAAUGGAUCCAGGAGACUAAGUUCAGGCAUACUUCCCUCUCCUACACACAUGAGCAGAAAUAAAUGUCAGAGAAAAACUGGUUCAACUGCCUUCACUGGUUGAAUUUAUUUUCAGCGUAGCCCUGAUGAGCUGUCAAAUCAAUAUUCAUGUUGACAUGAAAAUAAUUGGUAGCAGAAGGGCUAAAUGCCACUGCUGCCAUAUAUUAGGCAUAAUUCAGUGAGCAUUAUUUGAUUUUCUGUUGAAAUAGUUCAUUCCAAAAGUAUGAUUGCUGCAAAAUACCACAAAUCCUGAAGACUUUGCUUCUUUAUAUCUCUGAUCCUACAAAAUUUAACCUAAAAAUAUUAUUCAACUCAGUGAUCAUUACAAAAGCACUCAAAUAACUACAGAAUUUUCAACAACAAGAGUUGUCUUACUCUCUUGGAUGCAAUUUCCGUGAAUCUCACCUGAUACAGAAGACAAGAGUGAGGACUGCAUUUGCUUUUUGGCUUUCCAAAAAUAAAAAUUCUCCCUCUGAGGCAUCAGGAAAAGCAGGAGCUAGAGAUGAAACAAAUUUAGGAGGGGAUGUCACAUGCAUGUUUGGUAUGUUCUGAGUGCAUGUGCCACAGAAGCUUCAGUCAAGUGGUUAAGCUCAGCACAUGCAGCAGUUGCUUAACAGAGUUAACUUUUACUUUGCAUGCAAAAACACAUACUACGACAUAAACACACUCUGUAAAGUUGUUACAAGUAGGAAUCUCUGAUCCCAGAGAGGGUACUUUGCGUCAACGUUCUUGCUAUGUCAAAGUCCCCAGCAAGUCUGGAGUUCAGCUGCUUCCAAAGUUCUUCACAAAGAAUUCAAUUUUCUUCCGCGUUUCCAAUCAGUCUCCAUUGCUCAGAUCUCCCCAACACUUAACACUAUAAUUUGAGCUGAGCUAAUUUGACCAUCUUUCCUUUGCUGGUUAUUGCUUCCUGUACUUCAGGACAGGAAUGGGAAACCUGUGGCCCUUCACUUGUUGUAAGACUCCUCCCAUCAGCCUCAGUCAGUAUUUCCAGUGGUCAAGGACGAUGGGAGUUGUAGUCCAGCAACAUCUGCAGGGCUGCAGGUUCCCCAUCCCUUCUUUAGGGGUUAGCACUAAAAUGCUGAGAGUUCCCAUGUUGAAUAUGCAGGCUUAUCUCUUUGCUGUUGCCAUAGAUUCUCUCCACACACACCCUUAAUACUGUGGUAUGUUACGUAGCGUACAUACAGUACAUAAUACAACCUUCAAGCUGUUCCCCACAAAGACUGUGCGUGCGUGUUUACAUGCACUCUGUCGUGAUGCUUCUUUUUGUUUCUCUGUGCUUGUGACACAUUGUGAUGAAGGCUAUUAGGUAGAGCCUCUGGUAAGUAUUGCAACUGACAGCUAUGACAUGACAGUGCAAUGCCCCCCAGCCUUGUGUGGGACUAGGAAGCAAGUGUAACUAUGGCAGCACAAGCAGAUUUUUACAACCAUACACAUCUUUUGAUUUAAGCCAUAUUAUGCCUCUCCUGCUGAAAGAGAAAUAAGGAAUCUUUAGUGCUGCUCUGUUUCAAAAUGUUUGCAAAUAGCGUUUUAAAAGAUUCCCAGCACAAAUACUAUCUUAUGUGCCGGGAAAUAAUGUGUACGGUGCUUACAGAACAACCUUACUGGUAGAUCAGAGGAGAACUAAUACCCAAAGCACUCCUAGGAACAUGGCCAGAGAGUGUCAUGGUAUUUUCCUAUCUAGGGGAUUCCUUUUUAGGUUUUAUGAUCACUCUCCAUGGCUUCCAAUGGAAAUGCAUACAUCAGCUCCAGGGCUUGUGUAUGUUUCUUACUGUUUCAGGGUGGGGGGUGGGGUCCAAGCCUUCUCCAAGCCCACCUUGGCCUCUACCACUGGUGGUAUGUCAGGGCUGCUGAGGGUUUCAGUGGUGGGAAAGGUCUUAUGAGGUCAGACCAUGGGGAUCCAUGGAAGGAGCAAGGAGCAUUUGGGUCUCCAGCUCCCACUGAACCAUGAUCUCCAUAUCCCCAGCUUUCUUUUAAAGUUAAGUGUCAAUUAUCUGUAGAACCUGAGUCAUGAAGCAAAAUGUAGAGGCAUGAUUAUUCUCAUUUUUCCAUGAAAAAAUAGCCUGCUACUCCCCUCUCUAGGGUUAACUAUUUCUACCUGAAUGGAGCAUGGCAAGCAAUGAGUACUGUAAAGAAGGAAAACCAAAUCAGGAAAGCUGUGUGCAUUGGUGUCUUACAGCAUUACCUGAUGCCAUGCUAUGAAUAUUUUAUGCUCUCUUGAAAAAAGAAUAGUGAUAGAAGUUGCAGUAUUUCAGAUGCCAAGUCUUCCUUCAGUUCCGUCCGGUAUAUCUGCACAGAAGUGAGCCUCAUUGACUUCAGUAAGGCUUACUCCUAAGUAAGUGGGUAUAUGAUUGCAACCCUAGAUACAUAGAAUCUUCAGCAUUCAAGGAUUAGGUCUGUGAAUUCAGUGUGCAUAACUCUGGCAGGAAAGUGUCUAGCGUUCACAAGUGCAUGGUUAUGUUUUUGAAAGUAUUAUUGGCUAGCACAAAAUCUAGAAAAUUAAGAUAUUCAGGAAUAUAGCAGGUAUUUUAGACUACAAUCCUGUACCUGCUUAUCUGGGAACAAGCCCUAAUAAACUAUAUAAUAAGACACAUAUAGGAUUGUUAUGUUAGCAGCCCAGGUAUUUCCAUCGCACUAGGCAACCUGCAGAACAGAUUAGGUUUCCUUUACAUGAUUUGGCAUUUUAUAUUCCUUACAAUUAGGAAGAGUGUGAGAGCAAUGUAACUGUGUUUUAAUGCUGAUGAGGCAGAGAAGCCAAAGCUAGUUGUCUGUUUCUUUUGGGGAAACUUUUUCAUAAAAUUGAACUAGAUGCUUGAAAAGGAGAUGGAUUUACUCUUUUUAACAUACCUUUUGUUUAUUUUGCUAUAUCAUAUGCAGCUAUGUCAUUCUAUUCAGUAGGGGAAAUGCAUGCGUCUCUCCUAGCUAUGAAUCCUUGAAAUGAACUAGAUGUUCUUCCCCCCAACCAUGAUAUUUAGCAUAUGAAAAUAAGAGAAGUGAAAAGAAAGAAGCAUAGGUGAAUGAAUGAAAACCUCAGGAUUCACAAAGCUACAUCACUGUGAAGGCAGCUGAUCAUUUCCUCUCCCCUCCUUGUUUGAUUCCUUUAUUCACAGGCAGGAAUGGCAUCCCCAGAAAACCCUGAGCAGCUCAUAAUUGCCCUGGAGCCAGAGGCUGCAUCCAUCUACUGCAGGAAGCUCCGCCUUCAUCAGAUGAUAGACUUAAGCAGCAAAGGGCCUGUCAAUGGUUAUAACCCAAGUGAGACCAUUGCCACUGGCUUUACUCCAGGUAGGGCUGAUUUAAUUGAGCUAUGAUUAGUGCUCAACCUAAUUUUCUACUCACCCUUUCUUGCCAAAAUCUUUCGUAGCAAGAUGUUUUCCAAAUUUCCCUGCCAACUCUUGAUUUUCACACUGGGAGAACCUGGAUAGGUAAUUGUCAGCCCUAAUAUAGAAACUACCCGGUCAGGCUCAUUAAAGUGUGAACUUUUCAGCUGUUCCACAGUUUUAAGUGUUUCGGAACAGUGUUAUCAAAUGUGAGCCAGUGCCAAAGGUGGAAUAAAAAAUCUGAGAACGUUUUCCAGAUGGAUAGGGGAAUUCUAUACCCAUGCUGAUUUUAUGAAUGGAAGAGAAUGGAAACAUGCUUAGGUUAAUUGAUCUGUGUCCGGUGGGGGGGGGGGAGCAGCCAACCCAACACCUGUAUUGCUGUAGCUUACCUGGACAGGGGUGGGGCAGGUUGGUUGCUAGGUCAAGGCUGCUUGGACAUACCAGCAGGAGCACCACACUGGCUCUACCUAUGUGCCUGCACAGCCUUCCCCUUGCCAUCAUCUCACCCCAGCCCUGUUUAGGGUAAGCUGUAGUGACGCCAGUCUUGAGUGGGUGGCUCUGCUCCAGCACACAGGCCACUGCUGCCUAAAAGGGAUUCAAAGUGUGGCAUAACAUCUCUGUUGACGAGUGUGAGCAUAAAAUUAGAAUACUAUUUCUUCCAGAUUACCUGUUCCAGGCACUGGGGAAACAAAUGUUUUGAACAUCUGUUGAGACAUUCUCAUGGGAAAGUUCCAUCAAAACAACCAGGAAUUGUGCAAGACUGCAAUUCUGGGGACAGCUGUACAUUAAGCAAGGGAAUAGAGUGGAUGACCUUCCAAUUCUGUGGUUAUAUGCUACUCCUAGCAUGAUAUUAAAAGAGUAACUUCCAACAUGUUGUUUUCCUUGAUGUAAAGAAAACUAUGAUGCCACAUUCAUUCAUAGUACAAAGAGUGCUUGCAAUUAAAACAGUUAUUCUUUCUUUUUUAGUGAUAGUAACGAACAAUGUGCAUAUCUUGAGUCCCCAGUUCACAGAUGGUUUGUUUAACGUAUGCAACUCUCUUAUGGGCCAGCAAAAUAGAAGACGGGAGUUUGCCUUUAUGCUACCAUGACUCUUGAGUGUCUUAAAAUCAGCAAGCAAUUUUGCAGAGAACACAGUGUCUAUGGCGCUGUGCAUAUUUGAAAAAUUGGUAACACACCUGAUCCCCUCUAAAUAUAUAUUUUCAUAUCACAAGUACUAUCCCUUAAUACAGAUUUAAUUUAGUCAGACUUCAAAUUCUGUGUUGAUGCGCCCUCUGCUGGCAGAAUUAGGAUCUUCGUUAGUUCUGAAUAAAUCACAACAGAGAUUGUGAUUUGUUCAGUUAAAAGCCUUUAGCUGCUGCCACUGUCCUGUUUAGAACCAAUUUGUUGUAAGAAUUAAAGGAAUGUCUGUGAAUUGGGGUCAUGGCUUUUAUCCCCAAAACAUUAGGACAAGUACUGAGCAAUAUGAUGACUAGCCAGCUUUCAGUGUUCUUCCAUUUUGCGGUCUGCAGGGUAGACAUCCAACUUGUUCAUGCUUUCUUACAAUGAGUCUUUUGUCUCUGUCAUCCUCUAGCUAAAGAACACAUUCGGCGUAACCGUCAAAGCCGCACCUUUAUGGUUGAAAAUGUCAUAGGAGAGAUCUGGUCCGAGUUGGAAGAAGGUAGUAUCCUUUCCUGAGUCACCUUGGCCCUUGCUGCCUUUUGGUUAGACCUGUCAGCAGCAGCAUCUGUGCAAAAAUGUAGUUAUAUCAUUUGACUCUAAUACAUGGCUUGUGAUUCCUCUUAUGUUAACAGGUGACCGUUACAUAGUUGUUGAUAGUGGAGGAGGGACAGUUGAUGUUACAGUCCACCAGAUAAGGUUACCUGAAGGACACUUAAAGGAACUCUACAAGGCAACAGGUGAAGCUGCAUUCUUCACUCCUACUCAUUGUAGAACAUCUGCAUUUAACCAGUAGAGGGCAGCACAGCAGGGCAGUGCUGCUCACUUGUGCUCUGGUGGGUCACAUAGCUGCUGCUUACCAAACAUACCAACAGGAGUGCCAGAUUGGCUCUGCUGGUGUGUUUGCACCGUGUUGAACUCACCACUGCCUCGCCUCUCUACCUCCUGAUAAGCAACCAACCGGAGGUUAGGUGAGUGGUGGUUCUGUAUCAUGCAGCCCACCACUGAAUUUCAUUGUUAUUAAAUGAAGUGAUGGCAAUGUUCACAGACAUCUGUAUGCUCUGUACCAAGGGAACUCUGAUUCUGUACCAAGAACAAGCAGAUUACGUUGUUGUUGUUACCAUCACCGCCACCCACCCUUUACCGGCAGAUUCUGAAGCACGUUACAGUAAUCUAAAAAUCAAUGUUAAAAAUAGUUAAAACAAAUCACAGUCACAGGAAUAGGGUGGGUCCUGAAAACACACAUCUCAGGUGUCCAAAGCUAGCUGAAAACUGCAUAGGGAAGGUGUCUGAGGGGAGGGAUGUUCAUAACUUAGGGGCUGCCACAAAGAAUGCCCUUUCCCAGACCGUAUGCACCAAACUUCUGAGGUUGGAAGAAUGACCAAGAGGGCUUCCACUGCUAUCAGAGAAGUCUUUUAUGGAAGGAGCCAGUCUUUCAGGUGUUAAGUAAAUUUACAUUGGUUUCUUUUUAUUUAACAUGCUUCCCCCAUCAGUUUUUCAGGAAAGGCAAAGAGCAUUGGCAAACAAAGAGAGGAGGGAGGUUUUGAAAUUUUAGGAGGAGUUGAAGCCAGAAGACAAGAAAUGGGAACUUCAGGAAAGGGGGAAGAGAUUAUAAAUAGUACAUUAAACUUGUGUGCCUGGACCAGAAUACAUAGUACAUUAGUUACAUAUUCGUGUCUUUAAGUGCGUACUCCAUAGGAAGCUUCUCCACUUUGGAAGUUCAUGGAUUCCAAACAAACGAAUAGGGUGUUUGAAAUGAUUGAACAUGGCUGAGUUGGGUCUAUUAAUUUCAGUAGGUCUCCUCUGAGCAACAGUUGAAUUCCACCCAUGUAUCUGAAUUCUGCUUAUGACAUGCUCUUCCUGAGGAUGCUUACGCAAGAAUCACCUCCCUGAAUUCAGAACUUAAUCCCUACCAAGUGUGUUUAAGAUUGCAGCUCCAAGUUUGCCUCAACUGCACACAGUAUGUUUUUCUAUGGCUUGAUUUUCGAGUGCAUAUCGCAAUGCCCAUGCAAUAUUUAAAAUAUGUUGGUUGCAUCAUUCCUUAAGUGAUAUGUUUGAUUAAUGGCUCUAAUUGUCUCUGAUGCAGGUGGGCCGCAUGGUUCCUUAGGGGUAGACUAUGAAUUUGAAAGACUCCUGUGUAAAAUAUUUGGAGAAGAUUUUAUUGAACAAUUUAAGAUCAAGCGACCUGCUGCCUGGGUUGAUCUGAUGAUAGCAUUUGAAUCACGCAAAAGGGCGGCAGCACCAGAUCGGACUAAUCCACUCAACAUCACCCUGCCUUUCUCGUUCAUUGACUACUACAAGAAAUUUCGAGGACACAGUGUGGAACACGCCUUAAGGAAAAGCAAGUAAGUACUUUUAAGUUAACAGAAUCCAAAGAGAUUCUUGUGUUCAUUGCCACACAUGCAAAAAAGGAAUAAUCAGUCCAAGUAAGACUGAAGAAAAUAAAUUCCUGGCAAUAUGUGAAGGAGAUGGCAUUUUAUUGUAUGAAAUAUACAAACUGCUUCAUGGCCUGAGGCAUCAAAGAUAAAAAUACAAUCAAACAAACCCGAACAAAUUCUACAAUAUCUCAGGAUUCAACUUUCUUAAAACAAAAGCAUCUUUGGUUGGCACCUGAACAUCAUGGUAGAAAUAAAAAACUGACAGAAGGCAAACCAAAGCAGCCUUUUCUUCAGCAUGGCUGGUCUCCCGCUUACUCUCCCAUUACAUGAAGGUGUUCUAUUUAUCAUGGCCUUAGCUAAUGUAAAUAAAAAAUCUCAUUGGUUACAUAGUGAGGAUGUGACAUUGGAAUCCUUUCAUUUCCAGCUGUUUGAAACAUCUUGACUUAGUAACAUUAUUUUUGCUAAUUGAGCAGCAUUUCAUUAAAAAGCAUUUCUUUUAAAAGCAAACUUUCUUAUCAUGUCCUGUUUACAGUGUAGAUUUUGUGAAGUGGUCAUCACAAGGAAUGCUGAGGAUGAGUCCCGAUGCAAUGAAUGCUCUUUUCAAGCCUACCAUUGAUGAAAUCAUACAACAUCUCAGUAAGUAUCAAGGGUGUGUUUGAAUGUCUAAGGACUUUUAAAAGACCCACCAACAUGAACAGACCUAACUUAGUCAAUGGGGUUACUCUGAGGAGAACUAACAUUGGUGGGAAAGAAUGCCAAGUGAGUAGAACUUAGUUGGAUACAACAUUCUAGAUCUGUAGAGCACCUAGCCUACUUUGAUUCCUUCACAAUGUCAUUCUGUGAAUCAUAUUGGAUUCCUCUCAUUCCAUUUAGUGAGUUUUCCUGUCAUUUGUCAUUCUGUUCUCUUAAUACCUGCAAAGGUAUUACUGUUAUUCUGACCAUGUGGAUUUCCCUCUCCACCAAGGUGAUUUGUUUGAAAAGCCAGAAGUAACUAAUGUGAAGUUCCUCUUCCUGGUGGGCGGAUUUGCUGAAGCUCCGCUACUACAGCAAGCUAUCCAGAAUGCUUUCGGCUCCAAAUGCCGAAUCAUUAUUCCUCAGGAUGUGGGGCUCACAAUCCUCAAAGGAGCAGUCUUAUUUGGUCUGGAUCCUGCUGUCAUUAAAGUGCGCCGCUCUCCCCUGACCUACGGGGUAGGAGUCCUGAAUCGUUACGUGGAGGGCAAGCACCCUGCAGAAAAGCUGCUAGUGAAAGAUGGCACCCGCUGGUGCACGGAUGUCUUUGACAAAUUUAUUUCUGCUGACCAGUCAGUGGCUCUUGGGGAGACUGUGUCGCGCAGCUAUACACCUGCCAAGCCUUCACAGCUGGUCAUCGUGAUCAACAUCUACAGUUCGGAACAUGACCACGUCAGUUUCAUUACUGAGCCAGGGGUGAAGAAGUGUGGCACUCUGCGCCUGGAUCUCACAGGAACUGAUACGUCCGCGCCAAGCAGGAGGGAGAUCAAAACACUAAUGCAAUUUGGGGACACUGAGAUCAAAGCCAUGGCAAUUGACGUUGCCACUUCUAAAAGUGUCAAAGCUGGUAUUGAUUUCCUAAACUACUAAUGCUCCUCCCCUGCCCACCACCCAUUAGUUCAACACUCUGUUCUCUCAUUUUUCAUGCGUCACCAAAAUGGACUUGCAUUUCAGCCAGAUGGAAAAAGGAGAGAACCAUUAGAAAGGAAACGUCAGGCAUUUUUGUUGUCGUUGUUCUCAAAAUUAUCUGUUCAGGAAUCCGAAAUUUACAUGGUUAUCAGGUGCUAAACAUGAAACGGAAUAAUCCAAAAUGGCUAAAUGCAUUGUGAGAAUUAGUCGUUGAAAUAUCACUGCCCUCUUGAUUGGGAAAACAAAUAGUUUUACUGGAAGUAUUCCACAUGUGCUGUAUUUGGGGCCCCAAAUGUCAAAGCUCAUAUUCAUGGUCCUACAUUGAAGACCCUAAUGCAGCAAAUGGCAAGCUGUCUCACUGACACCAACAAGUGCUUCGGACAGCAGGAGGUCAUCACUGCAGCCCUAAGUUAAAGUGGUCCUCUCAAGUGCUGCUGUUAAUUGUCAGUGGAGAUUUAUAGGUCUUUAGCAGUUUUAAAACCAGACCUCUCUUAUUUAUAUGCUUUAAUACGAGUGCUAGAGGUGAAGUAUCUAGCCUUUCUUUGUAAAAUAUGAAAAAACAGCACUUACCACCCAGGCAAAGUACAUUUACUUGUUGGGGAUAUAUGAUGACUGCUUCUGGUGGCUUUUGCUUCUGUUUUAGCAAACUUCCAAGCCACAAAGCAGAUUUGUUAAGGCUGCAGCCCAUUUAAAGGAAUCAAUUAAAUUUGCAAAACAUUCACUAAGUAUUGCAAGGAGCAUACAUUUCAAAUUAGCAGAUAUGAUACACAGUCUCAUCUUAGGACAGGCACAUCCUUUUUAGGUGAAGGGAAAAAGGAUGAUGUUUGCCACCUGCAGUUUGUAUAAGUAGUUUGUAUAAAUACACAUUGUAUUUAAAACAAUGUGUUGGAUCCAGACUUUGUGAUCUCUAGAGCAGACCCACUGAAAUCAAUGGCACAGGCUAAUUGAUCAAGUGCAGUGAUUCCAGUGGAUCUACCCCAAGUGUUAAUCUAACCUGAUUAAUCCAGGAAUAGGGGAACCUGUAGCCCUCCAGUCUCCACCAGUCCCAGUCAGAUCACCAAUGGUCAGAGAUGAUGAGAGUUACAGUCCAACAACAUCUGAAUGCUCUCCCUGGAUUAGCCAUUAACAUUGCAGCCCAAGUAUUUGAGUAUUUCUUCUUUUUUGUUCAUUGGAAAGAGAAGUUUUUUUAAAAGUCUCCCUUCUCAACAGUUUUUACAAAUUUAAGAAUUCCCACCUCACAUUUUACUUUGGGACUUUAUGUGGUAGGUAGGGAUUUUUAUUUUUUUUAUUUUUAUUUUUUAAAAAAACAUACUUCCAGCUAGCUGUUGGGCAGACCUAAUGCAAAAGAAAUGAAGGGGUAUGGUGGCAGUAGCUGCCCAGAAAGCACCUCUAUUCUCAGGUUGGAGAAAGCAAGGAGCCAUUUUCACUCUCUCUCUCAUACUUGUUAAGAAACAGGAAAUAUAUACUGUGUUGGUCCUAGAAAGUGAGAUCCAGUAAAAGAAAAGGGAUACCAGUAAAAGAAAAGGGCCAACUUAUUUCACCUGUUCAUGAAAGAACUAUAUAAAAUGCUUAUUGUUAUUUAGAAUGAUUCAUCAGGAAAAAAGAAAACAGGUUGUUAUAUCCACAACUCUACAGAGAGUAGUUAGUUACUGUACCUGUCAUUCAUUUGCGUCCAAAAUACCGUAUUUUUUGCUCUAUAAGACUCACUUUUUCCCUCCUAAAAAGUAAGGGGAAAUGUGUGUGCAUCUUAUGGAGCAAAUGCAGGCUGCGCAGCUAUCCCAGAAGCCAGAGCAGGAAGAGGGAUUGCUGCUUUCACUGCGCAGCAAUCCCUCUUGCUGUUCUGGCUUCUGAGAUUCAGAAUAUUUUUUUUCUUGUUUUUCUCCUCCAAAAACUAGGUGUGUCUUGUGGUCUGGUGCGUCUUAUAGAGCGAAAAAUACGGUACUUGCUUUCCCAUUCUCUUCCAUUGAUGUAACUGUAUACCCAGCCCUGAAAAACAUAAGCAAUGAAGUGGGCCAUUUCCAGCUUUCCUCCUCACCAGCUUCUGUGAUAAAGUACAUCCGGAAGAAGCUUAAAAUCUAUUGGGGGGGGGGAGGAAUUGCCAGGAGAUACUGUACAUAUUGGCAGGACAGCUGUAUUGCAUUUGGCCUGCAGAGGGAGCAUGAACACUCUUUCUCCAAGAAAUGAGAGACUCUCCUGCCCCUGCUCCCACACAACCUAAGAAAGGAACAAGGCACAUAUCAUGAGCACUGCCAGCUUCAAAACUCUCAAAAGCUUUAGGCAACAAACUAGAUCCCUUCCCGGUGUGAAUUAGAGCAGCUGAACAUAAGAAAUCCCCCCAACACAGAAGUUGCUUUAAACUGUGGUGUGAUGUGGCAGUUUUGCCAUUACUACAUACCAAAUGUGAUUAGAGGUGGCUUGGGGAAAAUAUGUUUCUCUGUGCUGCAGGUCCUUCAAGACUGGCAAUUUGCAGCGUGGAGGCAGCUUCCAUGCCAUGCAGUCUAAAGCCACAAUGCAGGGCUUUUGAUAUGUAGUCACUUCCAGAUAGACUGGAUUUGCAGCCAGACACCCUCAACACCGAUGGAGAAGGUCAGCCAUGUUUCCCCGCCCACAACAUUUUGAAAACGCAUUGUGAUCCACUGAACCCCAGUCAUGCAUCCAACGCACCAGAACGUUAACCGUAAUUGUGUAGUUACACCCUUUUCCAGUUAGCUAUGCAUGAGUGAAAAGCCAUAGACCCUUUUUACUUUUAAAAAUGUAAGAUUAUUGAUCAGGCACUUAUAUUUUAGGGGCCAUUGUGCAAAUGCUUAAAAAUUCAGUGAAGAAUUUUAAAGGGGCCCCAUUUGCAUUAUAUCCAUUAUAUAAUUCCCUGAUAGAAUGUGAAUAAGCUUUGCUGAAUUAGCCAUCACAGGAAUGGACUGGAUAAUUCUAGUCACAGUAUCUAGCUUGCUGUUCCUUAAAUAAUUAUUCUACUGAAUAAUUAGAAAGUGUGCAUGCUGGCUUUCCUUUGUUUUCAUCCUGUCUGCUGUGUUUUAAAGGCAAACGUUUUGUUUUUCUGUAUGUGUAAGUGUGUGUGGCCUUCCAUGGUUUACAAAUAAGCAACUCCUUUGGGUGAGCUAUGAACAAUAUUACGUGAUGUAUAUACAAUAUUUAAAUAUUGUACAGAUGCUUUCUUUCUAAAGUGCUAUUUUCUUGUACAGAGUGCUCUUUACCUCUGUUGAUUUGCAUUCAGUGGUUAAUUUUAAAUAACAUAGUUUCACAGUCUGCUUCAGUAAUUAUAGGCUUUUAAAGAUGGUGAGAUAUGAAAUGCACAACGAUGAUCUUGUAAUAACAGGAGGGGAGCAUGAAGAGUGUCAGACAAUCCCACACUCUUCUUGCUAUGCAAAGAAUAGCAUACAGAAACACCUUUGGGUUUUGAAUUCUUUUUAACAGCCCCAGUUCCAUUUGAAGUACCGUAAUGCAUAGGAAUGACAAUGGUUAAAGUCCUUUUGUACAUCAGGUCUUCUUCUCCUACCUGAAAACUAGGUGAUCAUUUGGGGCGUUUAUUACCCCAAAUGAUCUCCAGUUUCAAACCGUAUGCUUUAUUUCAAUGAUAUCUCUUUAUUCCUAGAUUCAGGCUAAACACAGACCACCAGCCACAUAUGGAGAGUGCAGCUUGCUGCCUGCCAGGUACUCUAAAAAAAAUAGAGGGAUUCUCAAGUACCAGAAUGGCCACAAAACAUGGCCGGUUCAUUGCAUUUGACUUGGUGAUUUGCCAGCCGUGCAGGCCCCUACUAGACUAGAACAGAAUGCAUAUGUCGUCAUAAGCUAGAACACCAGGGGUGGCAAGCUGGAAUGGCAAAAGAUUGCUUGAUAUUAAUUGUGUUGGACUCCUUUCGGUCUUCUACAUCUUCUGAUAGGCAAUUGCUGCCUGGAAGAUACAACACAAGAUCAUCUUGCAUGACUGCUUCCUUGCUUUGUGACAUGGCUCUUCCCAGAAUCCCAGUUGUCUUGGAAGAGCAUUGUUUCAAGUUUUUGCAUCUUUGACAUGCAGUCAAAGGAGCAGGGGCCUGGUAUAACCAAGCACCUGCCAGGGCCAAGGAUCCCACCACCAGUCUUUCAAGCCCUGCUACAUUGCUUCCUUUUGCAGCUUGUCCCUGUUCACCUGCCUUCUCUGAGUGAGCAAUAAGCAAAAGAGCAGUAACCCAACACCUUAUUGUCUCCGGCUGGGAGGUGCUGCACUGGGAAGAGAUUUCAUUCCGCAGGGACUCCUGCAAAAUCCUUACCAAACACUAUUAAGUCCCCACUGCUGGAAACUGCCAAGGUGGCAAGAAGGAUCCAAAAAGGACAUAGAUAAAUUGAUCUCUGGUAGUGAGAAUCUCCUACCAUUAUUUCAGCCAUUAUUUCUGUAACUGUCAGUCAUUUCUGAUCCUUUACAGCAGCAGAAUGCUAUCUUUAUAUUCUUGCUCAUUUUCUCCUUUCCAUAACUGAGAUAGUCUCAUUUGCUUCUUUUCUCCCAGUCACAAAACAUGAUUAGAUGGCCAGUCCUCAGAUUACAUUAUAUAUUUAAGUUGACAAAUCAGCUCUUAAAAUGUUAAACUCCCUUUUCAUCACACAGACAAAUUUUAAAUGUGGAAUUCUUCAGUUUUCUAGCAUACGUUCAAGAAAAUGUUCUCACUACAUUGUCUUUAGCCAUUGCAUCUAUAUAUUUUUAAAUAUGGGAUGUUUCCCUAAUACAUUGUUAUUAGAAGCAUGAUUCCACUUUCUGUAUGGAACACUACAAAGUGUACUAUAAAACCUCUUACGCUUUCUCUUCUGUGAACAAAAGUAUGUAAAAAAAUUAUGUGUAUUAGCAUAUCUGCAUCAGUAGCACAUUUGAAUGUCUUAUCAAAAUAGCUGUCAUUCCAGGUUAAAAGUGCUAUAAACCUGCAAUCCUGAGAUUUCGGUCUAUAAAUUAUCCACAAAAUUAUCAUACCAAACUUUUUAAGUUUUCCAUCCUGUUCCCUAAACUUCUACAGGGAUAUUAUUUCACUUGGAUAGUAAGAUAAUUAUAUUGAUCUUGGUGAGCUAAAUUUUGCAUAGCAAUACAGCAGUUUACAAGAAAGAACUUUCGGAUGGAGGUAUGUGAGUGAUCUGAUUAAUUCCCCUGAUGUAAUUUCCUCAGUGUGCUUGCAGCCAAUGAAGGGAGGUAACUCGUGGAUGGCAGCAGCUCCUUAGAAAUACAUCAUGCAGCAAACUAACCUCUUAAGGCUGUAUUCUUGCCCAUCUGAAUCCCUCUGAAGUACAUGAAACUAAGGCAACUGCAAAUACGUUGGCUGAAGUACUGUAUGGGCUACUGAACUGGCUGUUAUGUGUACUGAAUAUUUAAAUAUAAUCAGACUUCAGUAACUAGUUUUUAAAACUCUGCUAUAGCACUGUUGCUAUUAUUGUGAGAUUUAUAAUUUUUAAAAAAGCUUAUUUCCCCCACCCCAUCUUCAUCAGCCCCCCAAAAGCGGUAUAAUUUUGCUGGGCAUGCUCUCUGCCACUUAGAAUCCAUCCCUAUUCUCCCAAAUUAUAGCAAAUUAGGUUUGGUGUCUAAGGGAACCUUUUAGAAAUAGAAUGUGAUGCUAUACCUAUAGGCUUUUGUAUGAGCCCUAUGCUAAAUUUAAAGGAAGUGGCACAUGAAUGUUCACUUGUAAGUACCGUAGAAACUGGUAAAGUGAUAGAUGUUUGCCAGAUGAGAGUAAGAAACACAAUUUUCCAUGUGUUUUCUGCUGCAGGGUUGGUUGAUUGUUGUUUACAGAUCUUGAUCAAUAGAAAUUUAAGGGAAAGGUUCUGCUCUGUGCCAAAUUACAGAGACCCAAACUUUUACCCUGACAGCAAAACUUGCUUUGCUUUCUGUGGAAGUUUCCAUCUGAACCCAAUCAUGGAAAACUAAAGCAACUUACCAUAAACCUGGACAUUAAAAAUGAUGGCAGAGUUUAUAAAAUACUGUGAGUUGGAUGUGGAUUAAGUUGAAUUUAGUUCCCAUUGAAAUAAGCGACAUGAUUUAAGUCAUGACAAAUGUUUCAUAUUGAUUUCAAAAGGAACUAAAUUCAACUAAGUGCAGUACUAUACAUGUUUACUCAGAAGUAGGCCCUGUUGAGUUGCCAGGUAAGUUGGUAUAGGAUUGUCUUAAACUGGAUCCAUCCCAGUGCUAUUAAAGAAACCUCAACCAAUGCUCUAAGCACCUUGCAGUAAUCCAAAUAAACAAGCAUUGAAAUAUAUUAUUAAAAGAUGUAAUUUUCUUGCAGUGAUGUAACGGCAGUAGCAAAACUGCAUUAUUUACACACUUUAAAAUCCACAGCACAUUGUGUAAAGGUUGUUGGGCAUAAUGCUACAAUAUUCAUCUCUGCUUUGAUAAUUCAUCAAAUAUAUUGUAAAAAAAUAAAUAAACAUCCGAUCAUUGUAAUCUCAUUCAAUUUCUUCCCUGUGCAAGACUACAAACCUCACUUAAAGUCCUGGAGCAGAUCACAGCUUUUCACUGUUGCAUCUUCUGAGUACUGUGCUCUUCAAAAUGUGUCAAAUAAAACACAGUAAACUGUG